GGUUGGUAUGCUUGCUGUGUGCUUGUGCGGCGCCCCGUUAACUCUACAGACAGCUUCAAGCGAGUGGACCUAGUUUGUCCGUGCCUAUUUUUAGAAGUGUGUCUGUGGAAUGGGGGAAAACGACGGGGCUUGAAGAAAGUGCAGAGGAAGUCGGACCCAGCUGCGCUGCAAUGAGCUCGAAUAGCACCGCGAAGUGACGGGAUUAAACAAAAAAAGUUAACACGACUUCAACAGUUUGCUCCGGCUCAACUUCACUUGAAUCCAACGCGGUGGCCAACUGGAGAAGUUGCUGCGCAGCGCAAUGGCUGCCCAGUGCGACACUUUAAGCGGAUACUUGCAGCAGUCGGACCAGGGCUCCAACAGCGAGCGCAGCACCGACUCUCCUCCGCCCGGAUCUGAGGAGGAUCUGAGCGGACCCCAUCCUCUGCCAGACCCGGAGUGGACAGAGGAGAGGUUCCGGGUGGACCGUAAGAAGCUGGAAGUCAUGUUACUGGGUAAAAGACAAACCAAACGAAUAAGCGUAAAGUUUGAAGUGUUUUCACAUUUAGGAGUUUUCUUUCCACGUUUCAUGUGAUGUAAUUACAGGCUUCGUUGUUUCCGAGAAGUUGCACACUUUAGACAGUCCUUUGUUUAUUUCUAGGUGCAUAAAAUCCCACUUAGUAGCGUAAAAUUUGCGGGCACAUUGUCGGCACGGUGACGACCCCUGAGCGUGCCUUGUGCGUGACCAGGAGCGAAUUAGGCAUUAAAAAUCAUAUUAACUUUCGAUUUCUGUCACCAUUUUUAUACAUGGAAGAAAAGGUUGAGCAUUGGGCCUUUUAAUAAGUUUUCAUCUGUAUUGAAGUAUUUGUAGGAGUACUAAAAUUUCACCAAAAAGUGGAAAGUAAAAAAGGAACAUAAAGUUGCUAAGGUCAAAGACAUGAGCAAAAUCCAUCAUCUCCCCGUCUUGUAGUAACACACCUCGACCUCUAGCUAUCGCUACAGAAGCUCAGAUUUUCCAUUUGUUCUCAGACUAAACUGAAAUUGACCUGAACAUGCACUUUUCUUAUUUCCAUGAAAAAAAACAGUCUGUAAACUAAAAAAAUCUUGGCCUGCAUCAAUAAAAAAACAGUUUAUGUAAAUCUACAGCUCAGAAAAAAACAUUAAGUCUGCUCUGUCAAAAUGUCCAGCAUCCUUUAAAACAGAAUUUAAUGUUCUUACAAGCUUAAAUUUUUCUGCAUGUUCGGAGUUGAAAUAGAUGAUGUGAUUUAUCCCCUAAUGAUGUGCACAUUGACAGUAAAAAGAGCAAUGACAGACUUGCAAAGACAGGCCCGCUGGCCCCUGUAAAGGGGUCCCUGAAAAUGCAGGGGUUGAGGUCAUUUUAUGGCACAUUUCAUAACACACGAGUGUGCAAUAGAGGUGUGUUAGUAAUGUGGGCUGGGCUCUUAUCAAUUCCAUUAAAGGACGGUUGAGAGGUAGCCAAGGAAUUUAGAGCGCCACAAUCAUACUGGAAUUAAAUCAGGCAAGAUGUUAUUUUACUGAUGGGUACAGUAAGCUUUGCUCGAGUUUGUGACUAACUUCUGCAGAAAUCCUCAGUGAGUGACUAGCCUUGGAUUUCCUUCAAUUCUAUACACACAUGCACAUGCAAGCGCACACGUAUUUCCCCUGGAGAAGACCCUGGUUGCUGCCUCUCGGCUCGGUACAUUCCUUAAAGCUCCAUGUCAUCCCCAACUCUUCCAGGAAAACAACUUAACCAGAGGCCGGCCCUAAACUCUGUAGCAUCCCGGACAUACCGUGUGCCACGUCCUGCAGUGUGUCUGUUUGUGUGCGUGCUCGACUCAUCUGUUUGUGUUAGGUAUAAUCUAUCCUGUCUACUGGGACUAUGCAGUUUGUUAGUUUGGUCUGGUGUCUCUGCCAGCAUCUAGUUUCCCAACUGUUGCAUCAUGACAUCAUGGCUGAUACUGCUUGUGUUGACACUGAAGUUCAGUUGUUGAAAAGAAAAGACUGCUGUUUUUGUCUCCUGGUCCUUCUGGUCAGUUGUUGGUUCAGGUUUAAAUACUAGUUCAGCUGAACCGUAAAACUACUUUAACCUUUGACCUCUACCCUUCCAGUAAGAACCAGGGCCUCAUAGUUGGAGCUUGGUUAUCUCAGUUUUAGCAUCUGUAGUUGAUCUAAAGAUUCUAUAUGGAUGAGAGCAAAUCAGAUUAGGAAACCCACUUUAUUCUAUCCAGGAUCUACCAAGUUUUUUUUUGUCCUGGUUGUACGAGAAAAAAACUGGCGAAGAUUAACCCUUAAACCCCUUGAUCUAAAUACAGAUUUUAAAGGAAGGCUAAAUGUGUGUUACAAGUAAAUGAGAUAAUGUCAUACAAACGUUGCCCAUAGGGGGCACUAGUCUGCACAGACUGAUAGAUCCUGCCAGUGGCUUUAAAAUGAAAUAUGUUGUUAAAUAUUGACAGCUCUUUGAUGAACUACUUUACUGGGACAAAGUUCUUUAUUUUUCUUUUAACCCUAAAAUCCUCCUCAUUUAUGCUGUCACAGUGGCUGUAAAGCAAAUAUGUGGCAAAGUAUUCCUGUUAUCCAGCCUCCUGCUUGAAUUAGAAUAGUCCUGUUUUUUUUUAUUUUGUUUUUUAAAUCAAAUUAUCUCACAAUGCAGAUUUUGGUUGGAUAAACCCAUGAUCCAAUCCUACAGCACUCAUCUGAUCACUCUUUAACCACGGGUCCUUUUUGAUUCAACACCUCGGAUUACUUUAAUUAUAAUCUGACCAAAUUUCAACUCUCUGUGUCUCUUGAUUCUAAUCUCUUUCUUUUAUCUCCAAAUAAAUACCUCUUUUAGUUUCAUCCAGCUCAGUAACAUCUGGCCGUGUUUUGAUUGGAUGAGCUCUAGUCUUUGUCGUGGUACGCUGUGUUCUGAAAGUCACAGUUCGGGUUAAAAUGAAAUCAUUUUAUGGGAACUCGCAGGGCAUUUAUUUUACUCUGAGUUUUAUCGUCUGUGACAAUAUCGCUCACUUCUCUUUCCCGGGAAAUUGAGUGUGGUUGACCUUCCACUGAAAGCCACUGAUUGAAUCGAGCUGUAAUGACUUCCCAAAUGACAACAUCUUGUCGGAUUUUUGUCUUAUUUGGAAAAUGUGUCUGUACUCAUAGAAAUAGAAUUGAAGCCUUCAGUGAGCCUCACUUUCAGAAUGGAUAAGGUGUUAAGCCAAAGAUUAGGUUCCAGACACAGACAUCAUUGGAAAAUUUUAAUACACAGCUUUAGCAAUGGCUUACAUAGCUGCCUGUCUUGUAAAUCAUUAUGCCAGAGGCCAGUUUAUAAGUCAGCUGCUGAAAAGUGCACCUGCUUGUGUGCAGUAUAAGGCUAAACAUUCAUUCAAUGCAUGUAUGAAACAUGUCUUUGCACUACACUUAUGUAAGACGCUUCAAAUGAACAGAGUCAGGGAUAGAAAUGAGCUGCAACUGCCCCUGAUUUUUAUAACUGUGAAAUUCGACUGCUCAGUAACUGCCUGUCAUAACUUAUUCAUUACUUAAUCUUUGAAAGGUCACAGAAUGGUGAUAAAUGCCCAUUAGUGUGGUUAAUGAUAAAAUGUGCCACCUCUCAUCCAAUGAAAAGUCCAACCAUUCCAGAAAUGUCAAUUUUAUGAAGAUUAGUAGAAAUAAAACACAAAGGAGGCCUCUGGAUUAUCUAUAUUUUUGGCACCCUUGGCAUGGAAAUGAACUGAUUUAGUUAUUUAACUGUUUAAAUGUUCCCUGAAUGACUUCCUCUUUUCUUGAAGUCCUCUUAAUUUCAUUAAAAUCUUAGAUAUAAAGCAGUAUUAAAACAUAUGGAUAUCAUAGUUUAAAAUAAGUCAUUGAUUUAUUGUCAUAUGAGGUACAUUUAAUAAAUGCAGUUAAACAUCAUCGGCAUCCAAUGAUGAAUUGGCUGUGUCGAUGAAACCUUUCUCUGUGAGGUUCAUUGAUCCUGAAUCAUGAUUGGCUGAUCAAUACUCAAGCACAUGGAUUAGUGACCUUUGCCAUUCUUACACACAGAGGAAUUCACAAAGAAUAAACUGUAGCUGCUAAAAGCACCAAAAAUUGUGCAUCACUUUCCUCGAGGUCCAAUUCACAAGUGAAAAAAGCCCACAGAGUUCAGACAGUCGUGCACUUUAUGAUGCUCUUUGCUGCUUUAAUAUGCAGCUCAUCAAUUUAAAAACAAACAAAAUAAAAUACUCCAUUGGCAUAAUGGCACUAUCUAUUUUGUGCAGGGCUGAGCCAUGGAUGGUUUAUCCCCUGAUUACAAUAAAAAUAGCAAUGCCCAAGUAAUUUUAAUGCUCUUUGUGCACAAAUAUAUUCCUUUGUAGUCAUCCAGAGGAACCAUUGUCAUGAUCACUGAAUUAAUCUGAUGUUGCCUUUCUGGUGCAUUUUCACAGGUUUAGCAGGUGCAAAAGCAGUGCAAUCCAUUUGUGAAUUUGGCCUUCAGUGUUAAUACUGUUUAGAUAAGAAGCUGAUGGUGCAAUUGUGGAUUAUUGAUGUAAGGCAGGUUAAUAUCUGUAAACGUGUUUGCCACAUGCCGUUUUUAACAGAAUUCUUAGUUUAGCAUUUAGUGAUUCAAGUGUUGGUAUGAUUUAAGGAAGAGAUUCACCACAAUGAAGCAGUUACAAUCAAAUUGCUCCACAGAUGAUAUGUUUGCUGUCUUUCAGUGUUGUUUUGCCUCAUAGAAGAGCUGUGUCAUUGCCGUGAAAUCUUGGUGCUCCUGUUUUUUCCCCGAGGCUGCGAGAUACAAUCUUUUGGAAGGUUUUGGGAACUGGUGUCAUCCUUGCCAGCAGCAGUUAGUUUUUAAGUUACCACAAUCAAUAACACUGAAGUGGGCAAUCAUAAUUUCCUGAGGGAAACAUUAAAAAAUAUCCUAAAGUAUUUUGGGGGAAAAAACGUUGAAUUUGUUCCCUUUCAUCAGUUUCUGACUCACACAUGCAGUGUCCAUUUUAUUGGCUGAUAAUUAAAACCAGUAAAACACUUUCCCACACUUUCAGCCGACACAUUCCAUGAGCAGAGCUCCAGCUUGUUGUUAGCUCAGAGUGUUUCAGAUCCAGAUGUCUGCUCAGUAAAAUCCUUCGUCAGCUUUGUAAGGACAAUUUGAAUGACAUAGAUUUGACAAGUUAGUUUUUUGAUGAAGCUAUUGUAAGGAGCUUGUAGCUGGAUCAACAGCGAUGUCUAUAAGACUAUCAGCAACAAAAUGGAUUGUUUCUAUGCUGUGAUCUCUAAUACCUAAAACCAUUGAAAGGAUACAACUGUCAGACCAGAUAACUGAAAGCACCAUAACUGUUGGAUGUGAUAGAAAUGUAUCAUAGAUCAGUUGUGUUCUUUGCAUUUUAUUUUAGCACAUAUUUUUAGUUGGUGCUUAAAAUUGAUACUCUGAAUAUGGAAAACUUUAAAGCUUAAGAUAUAAGCUGUCAUCAAAAUGAAUAGACCAUCUUUUUGAAACUUAUGUGCUACUUGUUAAAGGUACAGUGUGUAGAGAUGGUAAUGUUGGCUUGUAAUGCUCCCUUGCUCACCCCUUCUGUUAAUGAAACAGUAGCUUUCAAGGACACAAAGCUCCAGUGAUCCUUGUGUAUAAUCCUCCAUUUGUUGAGUUUUUACUGCCCGCAAGUCUUUGUGUAGAACAACCACUGUAGGAGUGAAGUCGAUACUUUAAGCUACUGAGGUGCUUGACUUGGAGUAACCUGGUUGAUGCGCCGUGCUACUGAGUUUUACCGUGAGUUGUGAUCAUUGAAAGUCUGGAUGAACAUAACCAAAUCCAUUUUGCAAUUGAUAUCCAACACUGAACAAACAAGGAAAACGCCAGCAGUUAGCGCCACAACGGUCAAAAACCUUUUGCCCUUCUGGGUCAAACACCUGCCCACAGCAGUGACAUGGCUACCUUUAUUCCUGAGCUCCCAGAUAACAAGACAGCGACACACACGGCACACAAAGUGAACUGCAACUCAUUUUAUGGUUUCACAUAAACAUAUUUGGCUCCUACAACCACUCUCUCCUUUGCUUUGUCUUCCAACCAGUACAUCUUGCGUUGCCAAUCGUUUGAUUAAAAAAAAAAAGGCAUAUGCUACUAGUUUGUCCUGCCUGAGGUACCGUAGAAACACAGUGAUACAAGCUUGCUGCCUCUGUGAAAGUGGACCAGUUUCUGUAGAUAUAAAAGAGACAAAACUGUACCGAGUAAGUUCUGUUUAACGUGGCGAAGUACUGCACACUGCACCUGUUAAAGUAGGUACAAUAAGUAAAGAUAGAAAAAGUAAAUAAAUGCAGUUCAUGUCUCUGUGUUUGCUCUCCUAUCCCCCACAUAAGUUUGCACCCCGGUAAGGCCACUUUAGUCAAAAAAUAACAAAAACAAAGUGAAUCCCUUGGUCAUGCAGACAAUUAUUUAAUUAAAGUAAAGAAAUAUCUGAUUUCCUGUAAGAGCAUUUAUUGCCACGUUUAUGAUGUCCAGAUCUACUUUGCCAAAAUGUUCGCUUUGAUUCAGGAAUUUUAAAAUGUUUUCCUUUUGAAUCGAUUUGGCUGUUCUCCUAAGAAACGGGUCAGAGCAGGAUAACAGAUCAUAUUUUCUAAGGUGGUGUAAAUUCUGUUGUAUAAAAAUUACCCAGAAGCACUUUGUGCCUAUUAAGAGAUGUGAGUGACUCACCAGCACGUCUCCACUCUGAAACUAAAUCCAAGCGUACACUCUCAAAGUACCUUUUUAUUUGGAUAAGUCGUAUUUUACUCCUUUGUUUUGGCUCAGUCCCCAUCAGGAGAAAAUGGAAAUUGUUUUACUGCUUUACAAUUACAAAUUUACUGUCUCUCACACUGGCAUGGACGCAGGUUUUCAGGGCUGAGAUCAGUAAAUGGAGUGUGAAGUGAAAACAAAAUCUCACCCUCACAGCCAUCUGUGUUUAACUGUUGUUCUGUUGGCUCACAGGAAUAGACCUUCCAAGUUAAUACCCUGGAGACCCUGACAGAGGUAUGAAAGCCUGAAAGAUAGUUUUAUAUGCACAGGGAAGAGCGCCUUCUCUUUAACAUUCAUCAUGAAGUCAAACAAUACGGGCAAGUGUGGGAAAGAUGUAACAUUUCUCCAGACGCAGUGCAUCUACAUGUGCAGAGAGGUUUUCCAUUCCUUUUUUCAAGCAUGUUUAACCCAUGUUUUUAACAGUUUGGGGUCAGUUGAAGGAGAAUUUAGGGCUGAGGGUUUUCCUUGUAAUGAUGAGACUUUAGUGGUGUUGUGCUUUGCCCCCUGGUGAGCCAGUGUGAGCACUUUAUCGUAACAACAUGUUUUCUGAAUACUGCAACAACAACAAACCUACAAUUAUGCUAAGUGAAUCAUUUUCUUCAUUGAGCUAAUUUGUUUUCCCGUUCCUUAAGUGCAUACCAUUAUUGGGAACCUUUGUCUCUAAAAUUAAAAAAACUAUUAGAUGAGGUAAAAAAAAACAAAAACAAUUUAUAGCAUGUAGUCGUGAUGUUAGUGUUACACUGCUCUUUCACCUAAUUAUUCCCUUUGGAGGAGGGGCUAAUUUGGAGCUUCUCUAAAAACAUACUGCAUGUUUAAACACUUGACUUCAUUUACAGGCUGCAGAAUGUGCACAGGAUUAGAAAACAUUAUUUCAGAGGCCGGUGGAAAGGGAAAAUUGCCCUCGAGUUACAGUUGUUUUUUAUAUUUUGUAAUAUUUUCAGCUGUUUUAUUCUUCAGGGAAUAAUUUCUCUGGCUUAUAUAGCCUUAGUAUGUGUGAGGGCUCUCUCCUCCUCUUCCUCCAGGGUGCUGAGUAAGACUCACAGACAGGAAGUGAGUGUCUUUUGGGGAAUGUGCUGCAGGCUUUCCCUUCACUUUCCUUCGUUCUUUCCCUCUAUUGCUCCCUCUGGAGUACUGAAACACUGCUCAGUUGUUCUAGCUUCCAUCAGAUCCACUGUGGAGUCUUUGGACUUCCCCUGCUCUUUAUCCUUACAAUACUACAAAAUCCUCACUCUGACCUUUGACUUAACCAAACCCAGGAAAAGAUGCCUCUGAAAACACUCAGAUCAGAGGGAAUGGUGUUUCUUUAUCUUGCAGAAGUCAGUUUUGCUGCUGAGAAGUUAGUGGUAGGGCUGGACCAUCGGUUGGAUUUGAUGUUAUGAUCCCUGUGUAAUGACAGUAGAGCACUGAAGUUAUUUGGUUUUUCAGGUACAUUGCUCUUUCUCGUGUAACACCAUUAUAUUUUAGAAAAGCUGGGAACUUGGAGAGAACUCAUGCACAGUCCACCCUUCGGAAAAAAUGCAGGCAGAAGUGGAAAACAAUAGGUUGAGCCAGCAGUGCAGAGGGGAAAACCUUCUCCCAGGCUUAAAAGUGAAAACAGUUUAUUCCCCAAAAUGAGAUUGUCAUCUGUCUUUUGGCAAUAUUAAAUGAUGUGAUGUUAAAACCACAUUUUUACUGGAUACUCUGUUUUAGUAGUAGAGUAGUUGCAAUUGUCAGGAGGAAUAAAAACCAAUUCUGCAUUAAACGAUGUUGGGAGAUAGCCAUGUAAUGCAACAUCAGAAUCUCUGGUUGCCUAGGGAAUAAAAAAUGCUCCUAAAGCUAAAGUGAGGAAUUGAUUUCAUUGAAGCCACUACGAGAAGUCAAGCUGUGGUUGACUUGGCAGGUUGAAUUGGUAGGAAAAUCUUAAGAGUGUCUUGUUAUACUUGAAGAUAUAGUGGUCUAUUGAUAAAUCUUAGCCCAAGUCAGGAAUACUAGGGCCCUAUGAUUUCUGUGUUAACAGAACUGCGGAAUCGGCCAAUAAAAACAGAAUCUACUGUUAAAAGCGCAGUAUCGUGGAAAUUGACGUAAUGUGCAAUUCUGUCAUUGUAAGGAGAAGGAAAACCGGGGAAAUGUUUCUGCACCACUCGGGCAUCUCCUCACAAACACUCACCACCCCCAGCGUGUCGAAGCGGCUACCUAAAACACCGGCUAAGUCUCUAUAAAAAAACUAUGAAACUUAUCUCUUAGUCCAAAAUACAGACUGGACUGGAACUGAAAAAACUGGAACUUGAGUGGAAAUGUAGAAAUUCGUGUGAUGACCACUUGUCAUCCAAAAGCCAUGUGAAAAACACAGAAAAGUUGUGUUUACAUCCAGUUCUUUCUUUUACUUGAGAAAAUUAAAAAUUAUAGUCACUUUGCACUUAAAGCACUUAUUGGUUCAUUGUAAUGUUCCAAUAUUACUAUGUUUUGACUUGAAAUACUCUGCAAAAUUGUGCAAUGAUGUAUUGCAUCAAAGAAUUUCAGGAUUUUUGCGUUUCUUUAAAUGUAUAUCAAGUCUUCUUUUUUCUUUACAAAAUGAUAAAUGUAGUAUCUAACUGGGACAAGACUGAAAACUGUGGAAUGAGUUUUAGACUGCGGCGUCUUUCAAGAAACAGCCACAUAUCACUUGCUGUAGCGUGGAAACCAUUCAUCUCCAAAAAAUUCCCCUUUCACAAAACAGCUGGCUAUUAAUAUUCAUCUAUUAAUAUAAAACACACCAAAUAUGGUCAGCUUUCAUUGGAUAGUGAUGUAUCACAGUUGAAGAAAAUAAGAUACUGAAAGUGUAAAUCUCUUCGAUAUUGCAGGAUAAAAAGGAGAUUUACAGAGGGACAUGUAGUAUCAGAGAAUAAAAUCAAUACGCUCAUAUUAAUGUUACCUACUUAAUAGCUUUAAAAAGUUAAUUCCAAAAGAAGCACACCUCAGAUUAUUUAGUGACAGCAAUGGUUCCUUUAAUUUAACUCUAAACUGUGCCGCUCACUGGACUGGACUCAGUUGCCCCUCGCCACCGUCCUUCUUUCUCCCUUUUUCUCUCUCUUUUUGCAGGUUUCUCCUGAAACAUGCUGAUACAAUUAAACAAUUCUACUCGACUUUGCUUACGCGUUGAAUUCCUUCAUCCUGGGCAUGAUGAGGCUUUCAGGAGCUGUAAUAUAAUUGAGCUUCAGUCGGUGGAAAAACCUGUAAUUCAUUACUCAAGAAAAUAAAACCAGGAGUCCUAUUUCAGCCGUCCGAGUGGAGCUGGAGUGCUGUGACCCAUUUCUCUGCUCCUGGAACUGUAAAUGGACUGAAAUGAAUACCUGUUUUUCUAUGUCCCUCAAAGCUCUUUUUCUUCAACCCUUUUCAAAGUGCAGAUUUACAUUCUGUCUGGUUUGCGGUUGCUAUUUUAGAAAUGUUUCUGCGGAGGGGGGCAGCCCCGACUUAUCCUGCACGCGUGCGCACUUACCACACACACAUAAACGCUGAAACACACACUCGGUCGCAUGCGCACCACCCAGCCCUUAACCACUCCCCCCAGGAGCUUUCAGUGUUUAUCUUUGGAGAACCUCGGCUUUUGGUUUGUUGUUCUCUCUCCUCAUUCAACAUCCAAGACAAUCUGCCUUUUCUCCACUUGCUGUGAUUGGAGAGAGGUCAUUUUUAUAAGAGCACCUUUUUUUGAUCUCCCUUUGGCUGUGUCUAGAAUAUUCUCCACUUGAACAAAAGAGAGAAAAAGGGUGGAGGCUGGGAAAGAAAAGGAAAACUCAUUUUGUUUGAGUGAAUUCAAGAGCAGGAAUCUCACAGAAAUCCUAACUGGAUUAUGCUGAUUCCCUUAGAGCUCUUCUGUCUUCUGAUUGGACGUAUCAGAUGGAGAUAACUUAGAGGUUGAGUAAUGCAGGGCUGUAAUCGAGGAAAAAAUGUGCGUCUGCAGCCCUGCACACAUCCAUCAUGUCCUCAAAGAGGAGAUGCGUGGCUGCAAAUGGAUGUGAAAUAUCAGGGAUUUCAAAAUAGUACAAUGUAAUGUUUACAGAGCAAUUCUGAGCCUGUUAAGUGAGACUGACUCCCUCAUGCUCCGUGGGGGAUCUAACACAGUGGAUACCAGGCACCAGGAAUGCACAGUGUUGUGUAAUCACUUGGCAGCACUUCCACAGGGGAGAUGAUAACCCAAACAUGUUACCAACAACAGCUUGAUUUCUUGUUCUUGUUGGGCUGGGAUCCUUUAAAGAUGAUUCAGUGUAAAUAUAACUAAGGUCAUAAUGGACUUGAUGUUUACGGACACAGAGGAACAGAAUGUCAACACAACCUUAGGCCCCGUAUUUUCGUCUGGACCCUCUUGUAGCUUUGACCCUAGAGUCAGAGAUUCAAGUUCCUGUGUGGCAAAGUGAGUUAACACCAUCUAUUCCAUAACACCGUUGCUUGGCAGCUCUAAAAGAGUUGAGAAGAGAUGUUGUGAGAUCAGGGGAUGACUUCUGCUCGGCUCAGUAAAACAGUAAUGAUCAUAAUGCAUUUUAUCCAUAGGCGUCUUUCAAAGCAGUAAAGGUCACCUUACAAGAGAAGGUUACAACAAGACCACUAAGUCCACAAAAUAUACACAAGUUAGCAACAGGUUAAAACAAUGAAUCCAAUAGUAUAGGUCGACUGAAAGAAAUAUGUCAGACUGAAAGAUGGGUUUUAAAGGUGGGGUAGGCCCAUUAAUGGGAGACUAUGUCACUGACAGUGAAAACUACUGUACAGAAACCUAAUCAAAGAAAACAAACAUAAUGAUUAGCUUUUUAUUUUGAUUAUUGACAGCAUUUUUAUUGCAAAAAAGAUACAUGGCAGUAAAAAUGCAAAGAUUAUGACAAUAAAUAAAUAUUUUGCCAAUUGAAUAAUGUCCCCUAUUCUAUGCAUAAUUAUAGAUGUAGUAAAACCUGAAAGGAACAGUGAGAGAUCAUUCAUGAAAAAUAAAUACAAAGCAGCAUUUUGCAAUAUUUUCUGUAUUUAAAAGAACCACAUUUGUCUUUGUACCUUUUUACUUUCUAUGUGACAGCAGUUCAAUUCACUAGCAGGUGCAUUUUUGUGACAUGGAGUCAUUUUUAACCUCCUGAUUAUCUUCUCAAACAGAUAAGACUGUGUUGACACCUCUCUAACAGAAAGAUAGGAAAGGUCUCACAUCAGACAGUCAGUUUUGCUGUAAUUGUUAAACUUUCUCAUCUUAGGUGUCAAUAAGACCAGUUGAUCUCUUUGAGAAGGUGUUCAGGUGUUUCUAAGUAAUCUUUUUGUUAAGAUGCCAACUGGUGUUAAGUUUCUUUAAGUCAGCUGGGAUCUAAGGUGUUGUCCUUUGUCUGUAUUCAUUCAGAGUAGGACACUUCGACUGUCAACUAUGUGCUAGCUGUAGUUGAGGUACUUGCUGAAACCUCCCGUCUUUGAAGUGAGGCUUUCAGGCUCGAUGAUGAGAACAAGAAGAACAACCUGACCAAUGGUGCUGAUUGAACUGACUAUUUACAGUUUCAGGUUGUUUACUUCUCAAACAGGCUUUUGGAUUUAGGUUACAAUUGUUUGUGUGCCUGUGUGUUAGUCAGAGUGUGAAAUGAUGGUUAAUGGUCUGAAGGUGUGUGAGAUGGUAUAAAUUUGUGAGCAACUAGGUAUGUUGCUGCACUCUCUAAACAGAAGUUUCUUUCUCUUGAUGACAGAGAGAGAGAGAUUUGUCUGUUUGAUUGACUCUUAAAAGACCAAAACAGGGCUUUUAAUGAAUAUUUCAGCUUCAGGAUUGAUUUAAACUAUUAAGUGACAGGGAAACUGAAAAAUCUGGAGAUGCUUGAUGCAAAAACGGUGUCAUUACAUAGUUGUUCCAGCAGAGCUCCCUCCAGCUCAAAGCUACAAUCUGCUCUAUAAUUUGUUGACACUGUGUGACAGUGUUAAAUAAUCUAAUGAGGUUGAAUUUGGAAGUAAGCAGACUUCUAUAUACCAAAAAUCAUCAGUGAAAAAGACCCAUAAUCAUUCUGUGUCUAAACUGCACAGUAUUGACCUCCUAAUUGUAUUCAGAAAUGUCAUGUUAGUUGGGCUUUGUCUCUAAUAUUUCUGCUUAUGUCAGGCCUUAAAUUGCACUUAGUAACUGUUUCUCCUUUCAUUACCUUGGUUUAUCAGGGAUUUUUAAAAUUUAUUAAAAUGACUUUUCAACUCUUUUUUCUGACGUCAUCAUGAAUAGGUCUCAGUUUCAGUUUCACUGUAGUGAGGUCUGCGAUAAAAGUGAAACAAUCAGGUGUAGGGAUGCACUGAUCCGAUAUUUGGAUCGGAUAUCGGCUUCAAUAUUGACAAAUUAACUGGAUCAGAUGAAUGAUGCCGAUCCUUCUUGCUGAUCCAGUCUUUUUUUUCUUCUUUGAAUUAAUUUUUCUUUUAAUACAUGCAAGUCUUACUUAUUUUUGCUGUGGGCUAAUGUUCAGUUUGUUAUUUGUUAAUAAAUAACAUUAAGUAAAUUUAUAUCCGUGUUAAUUUGUUACCUUUUUUUAACAAGGCUCACAUCAAGCCUGAUGCCUUCACUCACAGGGCAAGGUAUACAGUUCAUUCAUUCAGCCGUAGUAUUGGAAUCAGAUAUCGGCCAAUACGCUCAGGUAUCGGUAUCAGAUUGGGUUGGAAAAAAGUGGAUCGGUGCAUCUCUAAUCCGGUGUAAGAUGAAUUUAUAGAUAUUUAAAACAGUUUAAUCAUAGAACAAAACUCUUAAAGAUAAACUUAUUCCCAACAAUUCCCCUUCGUCUUUAUUAAUUUUUGCUGUAAUGAAAGAAUCUAUAGGUAUAUGCAGCUUUUUGAAUCAGACCUGAAGACACAUUUUGAAAUAUGUGUACCCUUGAGUUGAAUCUUUCUCUCUGAGCCUGAGAGUCUUUCUCUGUGUGUAUUCAUGUGUUUCUCUGGCUUCCCUGAGGCCCCUCAUUAACUCCAUGUUGAAUCAGCUGAGAGCUUCUGGGCACGCUAAAGGGGGGGGCAGGCACUGAGAGCUGGUGUGAAAACAUCACGCUCUCCCGCUCUUUUCAGAGGAACUGGGAGUUGUAGUUCUUUCACAGGAGUCAUUGUCCUCUCAGACAUGGGGCUCAUGAUCUGGUUUUAAUAUUUUUUAUUAUAUAAAUAUCACUUUAGUGAAGGAAUGUCAGCUGUGGGUACACUGAGAUGUCAAACUUUUCCUAGAUUAGACUUGUCAUUUGCUAUGAAAUUUGCACCAGAAGAAAUAGACAUUGUUUAACCUUGCUCAUUUAAUGCCUGUGAAUACUUCAAUGUGAAUGUCCCCAGUUUCACCUUAAGUCCCUCUGUGAUUGUAGCCAGUGCAGAGGAUUUUCCUCUAAGCAGCUCUUCCGUUUGGAGAUUUAGUCGAUGCCUUUAGGGGUUGUCUUUUGCUUUUUGUAAUCUGAAAAGCUCCUCUCUCCAUUGAAAUCCUUUGACAUGAAGGAUUUUUGCCUUCAAAGUUAUGGUGCUGCACAAAUAUCAGAAUAAUCGGAUGCUUAAACCCCCUCUUGAUUAUUUGGUGGUUAUAGCGUGACUGAUUUAUUAUGUUAAAAUCUGUCAAAUUAGCUUGCAACUGAAUGUGGAGGUGUUGACCCUUUUCUCAGUGCAAGUAAUAGUACAUUUUUCAACUCUUUCCUCAUAGUGUUUCUCACCAUUAAAUCAUGAAAUCGAAGUAUGCCAGGAUAAUAACUCGCUACUAGUGAAAAUACCCUUAUCAGAAUUCUGGAUUUGGUUUUCUGAAGCUUAUGUCUCUAUUGUUUGUUUGAUUGUUGUGUGUAUCAUGACUGGAGAAAUCAGUUUUGUUUACAUUCCUUCUAUGUCAAAACAGCAGACUCUCCCAGAGUUUGUCCUUCCACAAAAUAAUGGAUCCCAGACCCUGCUCCAUCUGCCAGAGCUGAGUCCUCUCUGCCUUUCACUGCCUUGUCUCUCCUUGUCUUUAAAUGCAGUGAUGGUGAUGAGAUGCAUGAAAUAAUUACAAGGAGACUAUUAGUGGGUGUGGAUCUGAUUUACGUUGACCAUCAUGUUUACUUUGUCAGAUAAAUACACAGAGCAGAUAACUGCUUUAAAUUAGUGCCACAUUAUUUGCUCCAUAUUAAAAAAGAAACACCAGAGAACAGAACUGAUUGCAACAUGUGGUCUGCACUCAAGGGUCCCGUGUCGUUUUUCAGCUGUGACGCCUUUACAAACUGCUGUGCUCAGAGGGAGGAGGGCUACAUUGUCCUCGCGCAGCCUGUGCCAAAAAACACUAAAAGCACAUUAGUGCUCUUGAAAAACAAAUUGAACAAAGUUGGAUUGUACUGAGCAGCGGUAUUUUUUUAAUGCUGUGAAAUAUAUGUUAAUGUAUACGGGAUGUGCUCUGGGAUUCUUGUUUAAGGCUACAGUAGAUUUGUCUUUAGUGAGGCCUGUAAUUUCAGUCUGGGUUUCAGUUGGCAGACAGAAUAAUAGGCUCCUUGGUUAUCAUAGUAAUGAGGCACGAGUCAUGCAUUUUAAUGGAAAAUUGCCUGUCAGUUGUGGGGAAAAAAGGGCAAAUAUAAGUAAAAAGAUUUCUUUCCGUCUUGUUGCGUGAUGUUGAUCAAAUCCACAAGCAAACAUGAAUGAUGUGAAGAAGAUGAAGUGAAACAGCAAAGACUGUUUUUGGUGGUUUUCUGGUUGCACGUCAGCAUCUUUAAUCCUAAUAUUUGUGUGACUUUGAUGCAACAAUUUCUUUAACCUAACAUGACAGCCAGUCUUGAUCAAAACAAAGACUGGAUGAAACUUGAAGAGUAGGCACCCGACUAAAGCAUGUGAGACCCGCCCUUUAUUAGUGAUGUCAGCUCAGCUCAGUAAUCCCUAAAGUUCAGAUUUAUUCUUCGUAUUUGUUUUUAAGUACAAAAACGUGUAGUGUUUCCACAGCUGGUGAAAAUACUACUUUACUGAACAACUGAACUCCAUCAACAGAUUUAAUACAAAUACAUUUUAUCCACGACCCACAGAUGACUUCAAAUCUACAAAGGCCAUAAUACUCUUGUUCAAGCUGGCUUUCAUCUAUCUUUACAUGCAAAUGCAGAGUUUGAAUCCAUCUUCCAUCCCAGGUAAACAAACUCAGUGUUAAUAAUAUUAAUGACUGGAGUUCAGGCUCCUAUCAGUGACCCAGAUCAGUAGGCUCAGGAAGAAACAGCUGAACAUAGUCUAGAAUUGAUCACUUCAAAGAGCCGACAUUCAGCAUGGAGAGAGGGUCUCAUUGCUCCUCAACUUUACGUCUCCUGUGGCUGUUAUUUCUCCUAAUCCUGUCCUCUUCCUGCUCUCCUUGACUUACGACAGGCUCAGAAUCAUAAACUUGGGGUCUGUCGUGCAAAUGAAUAAACAUUUUCUUUCUCGUUUCUUGACAAACUUGAGCCAUACUUUAAUUAAUGUGAAAGAACCUGCAGGCACCUUUUGCAAUGUCACAUCCAGUUGUCAUGCUUGAAGCAGCUAAUACAGUCAUGAGUAGUUAGCCUCAACACAGAUGUGAGGGUUUGCAGCAGAGAUGUAUUAAGCUUACUCCUUUUAACUUUCUGGAGGCCUCCAAAUUUUCUCUCAGUUCUUAAACUUGUUGAAAUCUUCUGCUCAUACUCUUGUUUUCAAAUCUGUAUCAUAGUUGACAUACUCUUCCUUGCAGCCGUAAAAAACUCAUGUAACUGUUUUGGUAAUUGCAGUCAUAUUCCCCUGGAGACCUGUAAACAUACUUUGAUGUGAAAAAUCAGUGCAGUUUCCUUUUAAUGUUUGUAACAUCAGUCACAGAAAUAUCAUCUCAGAGCGGUUUCUCCGAGUCUCUGCCUGUGUCGCUGUGAUCACAUCUUUCACGCUUGCCAUCAUUUCUCUGGCUCUGGCACAAGAUGGUGACAUCCUCAUACUUAAUCCCACCAGCAUCGCUGUCAUCGCUGUCACUGAGUUCUUUUUUCUAAGUAGCGAAGAAGCCACCAGUGAACACUUUACACAGCCUGUAAUUGAGAGGGUCUUGAACUAGACUACUUUGGGGUAAUUAAGAGAUGUGUCUGCUCUCAAAGGCAUGAAGUAUCGUUGUCUGCAGUCAUUUCAGAGCAAGUUUUUAACCAAGAAAAUUUGUUUUUGUAUGUCGUGUUUAGACCUCUAACCCAUAGUGGUGUGCAGAUUCAGAGUAAAUGGAGUGUAGGAGGAUGCUAUAUCUCUUUCUAUAUAUUUUUCGCCUCAGAGUCCGCAGAAACCCUGCUCCACUCCCCUUUUGAGUCUCUCAUGGCCGGUUUACACUCCACACAUGGGCCAACAGGAUUUUUUGCUCCUAGCACAUGGCUCAUGUUUUCUCUCAUUUUCCGCGUCAGAUGCCAAAAAACGCCGUUGUGUUGUUUCUGUUGUUGCAAGGGGAAAAAAAACAAACAUUGUAAUUUUUAUAUUUCUAUUCCUCUCCUGAAUCGUGUCAGUAGGCCUUGUUUGACCUUUUGAUUUGACCCGUAUCAACGCUGAGAUGUGAAUGUCAAUAUUUGAGAAUGUUACACUGCUGGCAUCGCACCAUGGUAAACAGAGUUUUAUAGGUUGUGUGUUGUUUUUAUCCUAGAGCUGGCAUCGACUCUGCUGCAUCUACAGGCUGCAGGCUUGGGUUGAAUGAAAUGCUUGGAGACGGUUGAUUGUAUGUGUUUCUGCAUGGAUGGAGAGGAGUUUGCAUGCAAUUCCUUGCAGUUAAGAAUUUGAUCUACAUGUACAGAUGCUGUUACAUGCUGUGUUAAAUUUUGUUAGGCGCUCUUGGGGAACAGCAGCAAUUUAAUAUUUUUAGCAUGCUUAUACCUUCUCCAGUAAAUAUUUUUGUAGAAAUAAUGAUACUACUCUGCUAUAUAACCAAGAAUCUAAACACAAAGAAAGGUUAAAGACUGUGUGAUGAGUUUUUAGCUGGUUAUGAAAAAGACUGGAAUUUAAAAUGAUGCCUUUUUAUGAUCUGUUAGCAGACGAGACCUUCAGCAAUAAGAAUAACUUUGUUGUAAUUUUAACAGCUGGAAUAAGAGAGUGGGAAUCAGACUAGAUGACUGACAGCAUGAAUCAGCUCUUUUUUUUUUUACUUUUUCCAAUGGCAAAUAUUUACAAAGAGACAUGCAUUUGUCAUUACAGAGAAAGCAGGAUGAUAUUUUCGUCAGGAAAAACGACUUGAACAUGUACAGGCAUGACCAACAAAUGUAUUAGAGAUAUCACUUUAUUCAUACAGGGUGCCAAAAUGGACACAUUCAUGUUUUUUUUUCACAGGAGCUCUAAGUUGAACCAUUUUGUUAGAUCAGUAGAACCUCACGUCCUCCUUGAGUGCUGAGGAGAGUUUGAAAUAAGAGUGGCGUUUUAAUUGUCUCACCUUGAACUAGUGAUGGGCACGGCAGUUCUUAUAGAUGUACUGAAUCACUGGAAUCAGUUCACUAAAAAGAUUCAUUCAAAAGAUUUGUUUACCAAAUCACCGAAUCAUGUCACAUUUCGUGGGAGAUUCCUUUGACUCCGACCUCCUGGACUGAUACACAGCUGAACGGUUCAGGAUUCAGUUCAGUUCAUCACUUCUGGGACUGGGAGACAAGAGUGUUUGGCUGUGUUGCUUUGGCAAACAGAUUUGAAAAAAUUAACUUGUUUAUAAGUCAAGAUGUGUUAAGUGUACUGUCCUGGGUAUGCUAUUUAUCAGGCCAGCUCAGUUAAUUGGGCUCAGUGAGUGAUUCGGUCACUGAACAUUUAGAAGAAUUCAAACUGAACAUACAUCGUUCCCUCGCAAACUGCUGCAGUGAUAGGAUGCUGCUGGUUUAACGCACUACUCGUUGUGACAAAAAUGAUUCUAGAGAGUGUCAUUAAUGCGUGAUUCGUUCACCACAGGUGUCGAUGCAUGCAGUCCCUCGUUCGCCGGCUGCUCGACUGGCAAUGCUGUUUCUCACCUAAGUUCAAUGGAAGUGAGAAACGAACGAAUCACUUAAGGAAGCAAUUUGGUUCAGUAUGUUCACUUAAAAGAUUUGGUUCGUUUGCGAACGACACAACACUACCAUGAACCCGAUCUAAACCUAAUUCACUGAUUUACCAUUCUCAGAGGCUAUUGGGUUUUACUUUGCCAAUUGGACUGACUUUUGUUUUGAUUAGAAGAUAAUACUGAGACCACAGAGGAGAAAAAAUAACAGGUUCACACUCUUUCAGUUUCUCUGUAGAUAAGAAUGAAAAAGAAAAAACAGUCUGGACUCUUUUUGUUUGUCUUACUGGAAAUUCUUGCAGUAAUCAGCAACAGUCUUUCAUAAUUCUGGAUAACUUAAGGCCACAGAAGAGCUGAGCCUUUCCAUCAUUCCCUAAACUAAAUACUGGUUGUAAACACUUCUAGUCACAAUUAUCAAGAUAAAUCAAAUAUGUUUUUUGUCAACAGAUUGUCCUAAAAUCAAGAGAGACAAAAUCAAGGUUGCCUCUAACAUUCAAUGCCAGUGAAUCCAUUGAUUGUUUUUUAAUAACUUAUUUUUCCAGUUUUAUGUUAAAUCUUGGAAUACUGACUGGAAUCCCUCUUACAGUACAUGCUGUUGUAGGUCUGUGUUUAGAAAAAGCUCUGUUUAAAUUCAGUCCAUAUCCGUGUUUGUAGCCAGCUGCAAGUUGUUUCCAUUGUCUCUGUUUAUGCACAGCAUUUGUCAGUACGCCGCGUGCAUCGCUGUGAGUGUCAGCUGCUCGCCAGUAUUACUGAAUCUUUAAACAAAGACCAAGGAAACUUAAUUGGUGUUCAGUGUUGUCUUAGCAGCUCUGCUCCUCCACUGCUGAUGAUUUCCAUCUGUCACUUUUUCAUCACUCCAGAAUUGUGUAAUUUUCUUUGACAGUGGUGAUCUUAAAGGAAGAGUUGUGAUUGGAUGUUAAAGCUUUGUUGAUUUUUGUCUUCAUGUGUCGGUGAUUCUUCAGUUGGCUUGAGGCUUUUCACCUGGAAAAGGUGGAUGAGGAAAAGUUUUUCUUUCAUUCCUGUGCUCCCUUUGUGAAAACUGGCUCAUACUCUUUGAAACUAUUGUAUCUUAUUUCAGACUACAGUUUCUGAACCCCUAAGACAAGACAACGAACCAGGGAGUUCAGUCCUGAGUUUAUCUAUUAUCAGUUAAAUGGGAUGGUGAGUCUUUGUCAUAUAGCAGUAGCUCAGGAAGGAGAGCGGUCGUCCAAUAACUGGAAGGUUGGCAGUUCGAUUCCCCCCUAUCCUGAGUCUGUCCGUUGUGUCCUUGGGCAAGACACUUAACCCACCUUACUCCCAGUGUGUGUCCUCCACUGGUGUAUGAUUGUGAGUGUUGUGUGGUGGUGGUCGGAGAGGCCGUAGGCGCAAAAUGGCAGCCACGUUUCCGUCAGUCUGCCCCAGGGCAACUGUGACUACUAAGGUAGUUUAUCACCACCAAAGUGUGACUGUGUGAGCGAAUGAAUGAUGUAUCCAAUGUAAAGCGCUUUGAGGGUCUCAGAUAAAGCGUUAUAAAAAUCUGAUGCAUUAUUAUUACUAUAUACAAAUUUAAUCUGAAAUAGACUCAGCUGUUAAGGCAUGUACGGCCAGUCUCAUGUCUUUCCAUAAACUGUGGUUUUGACUUGUUUACUGUGCAGCCUGCGUAAGAACAAACACUUGUAAAGUGCUCAUGAUGUUGGCAUUACUGCACUGCCAAAGGCCAUAACGUCAGGUCUGGUAGGAAAUGGGAUUGUGUUCUCUGAGGGUUUUAAUCUGCUCUGUUUGUGCCUUGAAAUGUGGAGCUUAUCAGGGGAAGACAUAACAGUGGUUUUCACACCCGGAAUUCACAUGGUAAGGAUCAUCAGAUACAAAUGUGUGCACUGCAGGUUUGAUGCACCUAACACGAGGAGCAGAUUCUCCCCUCAUAGAAAUUUGGCAUCAAGUUUUAGGGAGUAAUAAACGCAUGAGGACGUGUGUGUUUUUGACAGUUUAAUACACGGCUAUGCUGAAUAGAAUCUGUUGUCAAUGUUCUGGAUGUUACGGAUUGAACUCAUAGUAAAACAUAAGCCCACACUCAUCUGAAAGCUCAACCAGGUGCAGAAGUCAUCCAUGCAGCCAGAGUAUGAUCUCUUAACCCUUUAUGCCCUGGAUAGUCUGAGCCUUUAGUACAGCCAAAGUUUUAGAUUGUGAAUCACAUGGCUGUUAGAGUAAUCUGUGUGAAAGUCACAUGAGAACUAUGUAAGAGGAACUCAAUAUCACAACAACACCCAUUUGUGAAUCGACUUAAAUGAGCAGAAUAGACACAACAAACAGCAAAGGAAAUGUCCCGCUCUCUUCUUUUUUAUUUUGUUGUAGUUUUUUUGUCGAUAUCCAAACUUUCUAGGUCAGAUUAGGGGUUCAAAACAUAAAGUAAUAUUCAUCAUUUUUAAUGGAGAAAUACAAUUAACUCUGUAACAGUGUGGCAGGGGGGGUUACAGUAGGGGCAGACUGUGUUUCAGGCAGAAGCUGACAUGAUGCUAUUCAAAGACAACAAACUGUGAGUAAGUUAGUCACUAUUGUAAAGCUGCAAGUAAAGCUAGAGCAAAAUGAUUAGGACAAUGGAAAGCCUGGAAACCAGCAGGAUACCUCCUAUUUAAGGCACGAAAAACUGAAGGCUGCCAGAGAAACUACGAAUUUGGAGGUGGUGCGUGAAGUUAACACGUUAUUGGACACAGUAUGAGAUAUGGCAGUGUUUAAAGACGGAUAGAUGGAAAAGAAAAUAUCAAAGGCUCUGACCUUGAUGAGGCAGAAACUUGCAAACUGUGAAUUUCCUUAAUAUAUUUGUAUUGCCAUUCACCGCCUCACCUUGACUUCAUGCAGGAAUCUCACUGAAAAGCUGGCAGGGAACAGUCUGGGUGAAGCUGGAGUGAAUUAGAUUGACUUUGAAAGAGUUUUGUUCAUGUGUGAGUACAGCUGAACUCAUCUCAUUUUAAGAAAACCAAAGCCGAUUGUUACCUGUAAAGAUGCUACUUAAGUAAUACUCCUAUACUACUAAAUCAAAAUACUCUUAAUGGGCAAUAAAUCUGUCAUCUCUGCCAUGAUUGCAUUUUCUUUUAAUUCCUGCCUGACUUAUCAUUAAGUACAUUAAAACAAUGUAUUAAAAGUCGUAUAUGAUACAGAAAACCAUCAAAUAAGCAGAAACUUAAGCAAUUUUCAGGUAUGGUUGCUUAAAGGGAUAUUCCGGUGUAAAAUUAAUUUAGGGUCAAACACACCGUAACACCGAGUUAGACACCCCCUUGAGAAAUGAAUGUUGCUGACUGCUUGUUUCUCUAGUUAUACCAACUCUAGUAACAACCACACGAUAGCAAUACACAGCGGUCUAAGGAGCCAUACACAAACCUCAACAAAAAUGCCACAAAUAUAGCCACAAAUAAUGCUCAGAACGGCACCUAACUUCUUCAACAGUACAUAUAGGGUCCCAGCCAUAGUACUAGCCACCAAACAUCUUUUUAAGUUUGCCUGAUUUCUUUAGCAAAGAGACUAAACACAACUCACCUUCCAGCAGCCGCUGGAAGAGAGUAGGUAUCCCUUUAAGAUGAAAAUAUGCAUAAUUAAUGGUUAAUCUGACUAUUUGUUGUUUAGUCCCAGGUGUUGUUCCCUGAUGAAUUUAUUAUCCAACAGUAUGAGUUUUCACAUCUCAUGAGUGCUAAUGCUCUCUGAUCAGACAUUACAUUGAGUCAGACUCUGCUCAAACAUGUAUUCAUCUCAUGUUUUUGCGAUCACGAUCCGUGUCUGGUUUGCAUUUAUGGAUGUGCUGUAAAACCUAACAUCAACUCUGCUGUUCCUUCUGACCCAGAUUUGCACAGACAGCAGCAGAUCCGUCUGUUGAGCGCUUGCUGAAAUGCAUGAUUAAACCUUCCCUGUGCUCCCAAAUGACAGAGGAACAUGAGAUCUCUCCUUGGAGAGCAGAUAUGUAUUUUGCAUCUACAGAGCAGCCACACUUUGAAGGACUUGCAGAUGUGUUGGAGCGCUUAAGGCCCGACUCUCUCUCCUGGUUGGUCCUCUGUUUUUCACCCAGCUCACUGAAUCCGCUGGAGGAGUUUCUCAGCAUUUUACACCUGCUAAGAAAAUAAUUUGAAACCAUCAAGAAUCUCCAAAGUGCUUAUUUUGUUGACAAGUGAUUCUAGGCAGUUACAUUUGAAAGUUUUUCGGUAAUGUAGUCCCCAGGGCCUGUGUGCUGACAGACAAAUUUCUAAAGUGUGAAAACCGUCUCAGAGAAGUGCGAACUAGCUGACCCAAGAGAGGAAUGAAGUACGCCAUUACUGUACCACCAUAAUAGCCCAACUAUUUCCACUGUAUCCAUCAAUUUGUUACACGGAAGCUGUAUCCAAUCUUUGGGAUUACAGAAAAUAACUUGGAACAUUUUAUUCUGUUCCUGUCAGUGAACAGCAUAAGUUUGCUGUGCCAAACACAACAUCCAAGAAAUGGAGAUCCACCAAAAGAUACCCCAAUGUUUCAAGGAGACUUAUAAUAUGAGUAUUUGUGCUGUGUAUACAAAAGUUAGUGUUUCUGUGUGGUUUUAUGAAUUUAUUUUCUUUCUUCUCUGUCUCCUUCUAGCUGCCUCUGAAGGGAGAGUCAAUGGCGGGGAGGAUUUCUUUCAGAAGGUGAGUGUAAAGUCUGCUCUUAGAGUCUGUUUGCUUGGUCUUGGCGUUGUGUUCGAGCCCACUGAGCUAGUGUUUCUCUCUCUCUCUUUGCGAUGAAGCAGAUGUCAGGUGCUCCUCCAGUCUUUUGUAAUUACCGAUUAAAACAAACAAAAACACCAGAACAACAGUGACGUGGAGUCGCUGCAGGGCUCUGAUCCUAUAACACAGCUGACACAACAUUCGGGGCCUUUCUCACUUACAUAAUGUACCAUAAUACGGAGGCAGAGGAGGUUAAACUCACGCCUGCUCUGGUCAGCACUGCCUCAUUGACUUUUUCGUUUUCAGUGAUUUAAUUAGUAGAUGCUUUGAGGGGCAAUUACAUGCAAUAAAACAGAGACGUGCUUUAGUGGUCUUAAUCAGCCCUGAACUGUUGCUCUCUGUCUCUCUGCUGCUCACUGAUCGAUCAACUGUGGACCCCUUUCUGGAUUUUACAACUCAAGUGUUAAAGUAGAAUCAUUCUUUUAAUUUAAUGAUAGUCUGAUAGACAUUUUCUGAUAUUAAAACAUUUUCUGAUGUUUAAAACAUCUGACUUUUGAGUUAGCAGCCAGUGGGGAAGAGGACGACUCAAUGUGGAAAAAGGUUUGAAUAUAUACAAGCAUCAGAAAAGGUCAUACCCGACUUACUUAUUUUUAAUUAAUUGACUCUGAUUCGUCAAAACCCCGUAACAACAAAGUAGGUAUGGUUUUAAACAGCAAGAGCAAAACAAGAUACAACCACAUAUUGAACUAAUUUCAAUUAAGGAUGCGCCGAAAUGAAAAUUCUUAGCUGAAACCGAAAAUGUGGAAACCAAGGCCGAAAACCGAAAAUGCUCUUGGUGGCCAAAUUUUCAGUGCAUCCCUAAUUUCAAUACUGCUUGUUGAUUGUAUAGCAAAAAUGUAUGUUAAUAUUAGCGUGCUAAAACAUUCUGCCAAAUAAUGAGGUUAUUUUUUUACCUGCAUUACUGGAGAGUAAUUCAGCCAAUUACUAUAAAUCAAAUUGAAUUAAUAGUGAUUGUUGCUGUAACAGCAGAAAAGUUUCAAGUUGACCUUGAAUGACUUUUUUGGAGAUGAAAAAUGUGAACAAAUGAGCUGACUAAUAUUUCACUGUGACAACCCCGUGAAUUAAAGUGUUUACUUUUGACGUUAAUACAUCCCACAAGUAGGCAAAUAGGAAUCCGUCGCUAUAAGAGCACAAGUGAACAUAUCAUCAGAGUAGUUGUUCUCUAAAUAUAGCCUAAAUUAUUUUCAAAUCAUUAAAAUCAACUUUGAAUGAAUGAUUUUAAGUCUGCUUGUCUGUAGCUUUAGUUGAUCCCUGUGUAAUGAGCAGGAUCAUGCAGGUUCAUUAUGUAAAUGCUAAUUGUUUGAUUGAGAUGAAUUCAUAGGACAAUAUCUCUGUUUCUGGGCAUAAUGUCAUAUGUUUUAUCAACAAUUUAAACCCAUACUGUUUAUAGCAGAAGAGAUAAAGUUGAGUGAAUUAAAAGAUAUUAAAUGCAACAUGAACAUCAACACUAACUAGUUCUAUUUGUAGACAGAAGUGGUGAAUUGUUGGGACACUCGUUUACCUCACUCUCCUGUCUGUUUUCUCCUUUGUGUGCAAAUUAACUAGAAAUGUUUUUUACAUCGUUUAACUAAUACCUUCUUGAAAUUUCUAGCUUUACAAGUCUGAUAUAUAAAGUGUGACUGUUCUGCUAUUUGGCUCUUUACUUUCCAAACCUAGUUCCCCUAAGUGUUAAGAGCCUACAGUAAAGCACCAUGUUCCAUUAGAAAAUCCUGUUCAUUUUUCUCAUUUUUUAUGAACAGUUUAGUGUCGCUCCACUGCAAAAACUCUUUAGCAUUAUAAAGUGAAGAAUUGAUCAUUUGUUAAAAUUCUGUUUUCAGUAAAAUGAUGUAUGACAUGACUUACAGCUCUAAGUCCACAGACUGAGUUGAAAUGAGACGUUAAACAUAAAAGAGCUCAUUUCCAUCUGUAAAGCAUCUGAAAGAGGGAGAACAGUUUCUAACACAACCAGAUAUUGAGCCGGUGUUAAUUGACUGGCAAAGAAAUGACUCUGAUCUGCAACAUUUAUUGGAUUUUAACACCAAGUAUUUGAGUGAGUAGGGAGCAGAUGAAUCACAUGGCGCUGAAAAUGAAAACAAUCAAAUUUGCAACAAUCAGGGUUGAGUGUUAACACAGAGCUGUUCUUGUGGUCUGUAUCUCAUCAUUCUGUGAUUCCCUGGAAAUCUCAGGAGCAUUCAUUCUUGUUUAAAACCAUUUCCCUGAAUAUGUUAAACUCUCUCCACGGUAUGGUAAUGGGCUGUAAUGAAAUAAAUGAUAGACAACGGUUUGUUUUAGCAUUCUUCUUUUGUCUUUUUUUCUGUUUUUUGGUUUUGGAGGUUAAGAAAGCUGAGCUACACGUCAAAGAAGAAGGCAAUUUAACUGUCCCUGAAGCAGUUUGAAAAACCAAGUAAUGCAAACCAGGCGCCUUGAGAUCCCUAUCCCUGGAAUUUUAACAAGGACUCAGUCGAUCUAGUGUAGACUUUUUUCCUCCACCUCCAUUUGGUUUGGAUAUAUCAGUAAUGUUUAAUAUAUCCAAGUAAAGGUGUCUGCUUCACUUUAUAGGGCUUUUCUGACAACGUGUGGCUCUUGGUGUAUUGACUUUGUGAGUUUUUGUGAAGACUCUGGCUUUAAUAUUGUCACAGCUCGUUCAAAGGAAGAGUGGUUAGUGGAGGUUAAAUCGUCAAUUAGAAAUUAGCAUGCAGAUGUUUGGGUUGGCAGCCUGGCGAAGAGCGGUGUAGGAGGAGGGCUGGAGUCGUGUUUUUAUUGCAGAACUUCCAUUUGGAUAACUGUGUAUGGUUUUCCUCUGAUAGCGUGAUCACCACUCAUGCCUUAUUAAAGUCAGGAAAAUAAACACAGAGCGUGACUGUGGAACAGUAUUGUUGAAAGAAAAUGGAUGAGGUGUUUGAAAUACCUCAAAGUAGAUGAAAAUGGAAACUUUUACUUGGGCUGCUUCCUGACUAUCCAACACACCCAUCUACCACACACACACUCACAAAUACUCAGAGAGGCUGUUAGGCACAUGCACAGUCACCUUCCCCCUCAUCUGAGGAGGAUUGGGUCAUUUUUGACGCACACUUACAUUCGUUGUUGCCUCAGCAGGGAGAUUUCAAGUUCAUUUGCUGACGAGAGCAACAUGAAAUUGUUCCACCCACGCUCUUUCUUCCCAGAGGCACCGUUAGUGUGUUUGAUCAAACCCUCUUACUCACUGUCUGCUGGACUUCCUUUGAGUGCAGAGCUCCAGUCUGUCAUAGAGAGCAAACAGGCCACCCUCCUUAUGUAGUAAAUGAGGGAGUAAAGAGGAUAGCAGACAAAGUGGGACCACAGGAGGGUGCCACAGCUGGGAAAUCAGCUUUGUGCAAUCCCUGCUGCUCACAUGAGGGAAUCUCUCCAGCUUCAUGUCCCUCCUUUCUUUUCAGUCUUUGUUUUGGUCGCCUCUCCCACAGAUCCAACGUUAUUUUACAUUUGCACUCUGUUAACCCGGUGGUGAGUCAUCGUUCGAUAAGACAAUGGAAAUAUAUCUGCCACUGUUUUUACCUGAUGAAUUCAACAGACUGUGUGCGUCAGUGAACACUUCAUCUUACAAUUGUGCAGGGAGAGCGUUGGAUCGGGAACUGACAGUGUGUCAAACCAUGGCACAAUCCACAAAGCCGUUUGGAGAGCAGUACAGAAGUUGAGCUGCGGGACGGCACAGAGCCGAGGAGCUCGGCUGGAUGAGCCGAUAACUAAGCAUCACAGAGGAGCGCGGAGUGGAUUUGAGUUUAGAGUUGCCUUUGAACCCCUUAGCUAUGGCUGAUCCCCCUUCCAGUGCUUCUUCCAAAGAGUUGUGGCUGUGUAAAUAAUGCCAGGCGUAAUAUAUAACUGCUAGUGCCCUUAGAUCUCAGGCCAGGCAUAAUUUUAUUUCAUUUUGGUGUGUGGUGUUGAAGAGUCUUGUGCUUGCAGGAAAACUCGAGUCUUUCAGGGUGAAGUAUUCGCCUGAUAUGAAAAGAAAAGGUGGGAAUCACAAGGUACACCAGGUUUACUCAGGAUGUGAUUUAUAACUAAUACAUGCUCCACAAUGAUGAUAGUAUGAUGAUACAGUGAGUUUGCAAUGAUUGAUAAAUUGCAAGAAAAUAAUAUAAUGAUACACUAAAAUAUUAACGUAACUGGAAAAUGUCCAUUAAAGGUGAAUGUCAUGUCAAUAUAACAGGAAAUCUGUUCAGACGACAGUGCCAUUUUUAUAUUAAGAUAUUGAUUUUUGCACCAGUGAUGCAUCAAAUUUAUCACACAGGUCCCAACAAUGAUAAAUUACCUUCUCAAUGCUUUGUCUGAUAACACAGAAAUUAUUAUGCCCGCAGUAAACAUGUUUUUGUAUGUGUGGGAAAUCACUGGGUGACUGAUUAUAUCAUUAUACUUCUAUACGAUGAUAGUGUAGGCUACUGCAAGACUAUGAUAUACUAAGAGAUCACAAUAUCUGAAGGAUAGAAAAUACCCCUGAAAAGGCAAAGUGCAUGAAUAUCACUGCACUUUAGUUUGAAUGCGCUGGGCAGUGAUCGUCCCUUAGGACUCUGACGUCUGAGGAAUCAACCUGCGGGUGAAUUCAGUGCAAACUAGAGGGCAUCAUCCACCUUUCCUCCCAUCUCUGGAUACAGAGCCAGAAGAGCUUUGUCUUUUCUCUAACCUUUCUGGCUCCAAGAGUGGCUACUAGUGCAUUUCUUAAUUACUGUCUGACAAUCCGAUGUCAUCUUCUACUAUUUUGGGGCUCUCUCAUUCUUCUUUGACCUGUUAAUUUCCAUCCACACUCCCUUCAUUCAUGUCAUCGGCUCCACUACGUGUCAAGAGGCCACAAAGGGGUGAGUGGACGUGUGUUCAGAGCACCAUUUUUCCUCAGUGAUAUUAUCAAUAUUGAGCACUGACAUAUUGAUAAUUACAUGUCAAAAGUUAGACUGAUGACAUUAUUGCAAGAUCAAUCCACCCACUCCCCUCCACACAAGUGCCCUCUGUGUAAAAUGUGUCCCUCUUUCAUUCCUGUGUAUAUGUGUGUAUAUGUUAGCAUUAGCCCUGAGGUUUAAUAGGACUUUGGUUGCCAGUUAGUGCUCUGAUUGUUAACUUGAACUCAUUUAUGACUGUCAGGUCUCAUGAGGAUGGUUGGAGUCUAUGUUGACAGCUUGGGCCUCUGCAGUUCCUUCACUCAUUCUCUAAACUCUGCUCCCAACCUCUUUACAGCCCCCAUCAGCCCUUUGUGUCCCCCUAACACACACACACACACACACACACACAUGGGCAGUCACACUCUUCCACACACAUUCCAGCUGAAUCAACAGCUGCACCAUCGCAGUGCCGGCCAGGAAACAUGCCUCUGCCAUGUUGAUUGCUGCUGUGCUUAACGUAUACAUACAUAGAGACAUACACACGCAGUCACGUGUAAUGAACACAUGCACCAACUCUCAGGACCUUAAUGAUGUCCUGUUUGAUUUUACCUACAGCUCCACACACGUCUGCUUACACCAGCUGCAAACCUGUUAGAAGCAAUCAUCAUGUCAAGGCUGUGCCGUAUAACCAAUCAGAAGCUUUUAUGUAUUUAUUCUCUUUCAGUGAAGGAUGGAGCGGAUGAUACGAAAGGGCGGGACACUUCUAUGUAUACGUAAUUUAAUUUGUGCAAAUAUCUAGACCUGCUUGAGAGGCAUUCGCGAGCCCCCUUCAUAAAAAUAAACGCCAUCCAGCCUUUUAAAAUGGUGUGUGGUCUGUCAGAAAUCAGUCCCAUCUGCAGGACGCUGCCAAGAGCAGCAACGCCGGACAGGAAACAGGUCCCUGUGAACAAAGCCUGUAGAUGAAAAGUAGAUGAGGCGUUGGCUUUUAAUUUUCAUAAUUACAGGAAAAUAUAAUUGGAGUAGCUCAGGAUGUGUAAUCUUUCUCAUUUCCAACAUAUCAUUUUUCUAAAUUGGGUUUUCUCCGGUGUUAUGUUACUGUUUCCUGGAUAAAAAUGACUAAAGAGGAAACUUUUAGUGACGUUUUUAUGUGAAAGUUACAAUCACUUGUCUGCUGUUUGUGGCAGAGGAAUAUUUCUUUAAUUUGCGGUUUUAAAUUAAAAAUCUCUGUUUCAGAAUCCAAACACAUCUGUCAUAGUCACCAGGGACUUUUUAAAGACAACAAAGGGGGAAAGUUAGAAGCUGACAUCAAGAAAUCCCUCCGCAUCACCAAGAACAGAAUGUCCUCUAAUGAUGUUGUGAUACAUCCAGCUGUUAGCGAGAGCACAUGGAGGGAAAACGUUAAGCGUUCAGCCACCGGGUAUUUGUGAUUUAUCAUUUUUUCACACAUGUAGCUGAGGACGGCAGGAGGGAGGGAGAGGGAAGGAGAGGAAGGGUGUCAUGUUGUGGAUUAGAGUCACUCGUGCCUCGGGCGAAAAUGAAACACAGGAACACAGAAGUCAUCAGAUUUUGGUUUCAGGCCUCAGAUUUAUGGCGUGUAAACCCAUCCUGAGUGCAUAGACUGAUAAUAUUAUUGCAGCUCUUGUGAUAACACUGCAGAGGGGGGAGAACGGGGAGGUUUCCAGUAAGAGGACAUUAUGGGGGGAUGAUUAGCACCCUGGAUGCUAAGUUUUCUCUGCUUAGUCACUUUAAUGAUACCAGAGAAGAAUUCCUGACAAAAAAAAGUUGAGAAAGAUUGCCUAAAAGGAAUGCUCCUUCAUUUUCAUUGCGCAAAGUGAAACAUAAAUUCCCCUUGUUUCUGUUAUUCAGGCAAUUGAAAGUGAAUAACUUGAAGGAUGUUUCUCUACUAUUAUAUAAUAACUUCUCUGCACAAUAAAACACGUAGAUAUAAAAGGAGCCAAGAGAGAGAGGAGAGAGGAUGUAAGAAUCAUCAAUCAGUGCACUUGGAUGUAUAAGCGUGUUGUGCAAUGAUUUUAUUGGCUUGCAGUGAUUAAUUUUAUGUGUUUACUGGAGAAUGACCAAACACACGGCACUGACUUUAUUACACUAUUGUUUGAUGAUUUGGAUAAUGACUAUAAAACGUUGCUGCAUUUUUUUUUUGCUCUCAAAUCAGUUCAAUCUGGCACCACAAAAGCGUAUGCACCUUUUUCUGAGGCUCAUCUUCACUCUCUGCUUUUUUUUCAUUUGCGAUUAUUGGACAUUGUAGAAACUCAAUGAGGCUUAAAGCAGUUUCCAGUCAACCAUCAUCGACUUAGGAGUGAAUGUCUGCAAAAUUCAAAGACAAAAAGCACACACCAGCUGCAUUUAAAUCUCUGUUGUGUAGGUAUGUGAAGCUGGCAGUGAGUAAAAACUGCUAGAGUUUGUUGUAAAGGAUGCCAAACAGACUGUGUUACUUCCAGACGAGCAUAUGGAGGGGUUUAAACGCUUCCAUUUUUGAUUUGUGCUGAAGUUCCCCUGGGAAUAUAGGCUACGGUUUUUGUUAUAUGGUAAGCGGGGAAAAACAGAUUAAAUGUGAAAAUCUUUCAAAUAAUGAGGACUGUGAACCGUUGAAGUGCUACUAUUAAGUAUCUUAUCAUCGUUGGAAGUGUUGAUGGCUCUAAAUGUGCCUCCUCCCCUUUUUGGAGUAUAAUAUAUGGCUCAUUGCUUAAUUCGCUGGACCACCGAAGAGCACGCAAUGCUGCUCAUGUAAUAGUUAAAGCAGGUCAUUGGUGCUACAUCACGUGUCUGAAACUUAAGAGAAAUUCAUUUCUCCUCCACCCCCGAAAAUACAAACCCCUGGAAAGAAUUUAAACAAACCAAGGAACCGCAGGACCUUUGUGAAAACAAGGAUAGUCCAUAUCAAGGACAGAGCUAUUAGGAAAGGGAGUCCAUUUCUUUAUUGUAAAAGUACUCUGAAGGACAGUUUUCAGAGGUUUGUUUGUGGAUCUGAAGUGAGAAAUCAAAGCAAGGUGAACUUCCUCGUAGAUGACAAGAGAAAGAAAGGGUUUAGUGAUAAAUCCUGCAGAUCCGAGCACUGAGAGUGCCCUGACUAGCUCCUUUUUUCACGUUGUUACAUAUGCUCCUGGUUAUGAAGACUAGACUUGUCAAAAAGCUCUUACUUCGAUUGUUGUUGGCAUUUUUCAUGUGUAUCGGAGCCAAGUGCUUAGUUUUUCUUUCUUUUUUUGUCUCUUUUUUGGCCGGUGUAGGGGUUGUGGGAGGAUUUGGGUGUUGAGCAAAAAGAAGCAGCUUUUGGAAACAUCACAUAAGUUUAUAUCACCAUUCACAUAACAUAGAAACUGGACUCACGGCUCCUCCAUUUCUCCAGGUUUUACAAACUUCAGAGAAGAGUUUUAGAUCAUUUAACUCCGCUGAACUUUUCCUCAUGUGAUGCCUUUUUUCUGCACCAUUGGCUGCUAAUGUUUUAUUUCAUGUGGUCCCUGUUAUCAUCCAAAUCGAUGUUUUGUAUUAUAGGAGAGGGAACAGGGAGUUGUCGACAUAUCAAACAAAGCCAACCCCGCAUUACAGCACUAAAAAACACCCACUAAACUUAUACAAUUUUUACAGGGGCCCAAUGAAUUCUGUGUUUUUGUGAACUGAGUUGACAUCAAAGAUGGAAACGAUCAUGAUCGGCAUGAAGUUAGGUUGCAGAAUUUUUACUCUUGUGCAAGUUCAGAAUACACCAGGCCUGCGGAUAUUGCAGUAACAAUCUGUAAUGUGAUAAAAAGCAGAUACAUGAGAGUGCACAUUCGCUUUAGCUCUUAGUCAUUCAUAUUUAACACAUUUCCUGUGUUUGCUGCAUGCCCCCUACAAACCCAUAAUAAUCCUCCAACAGGCUCCAAUCAAUCUGAAGAAAUCUUAUAACCACCUUCAACUUCAUCUGACUGCAGCAAUAUGGUGUAAAAGCAUGAACAUCAUACCCAGGCUUGACAGUAGUGUGACAAUAGUGAAAAUGAAAUGCAUUUCUCGACCUGAGUAUACACCACUUCAAAGCUGUAUGACAGCGCCUGACAAACCAAAGUGUUGGUAUAUUUUUGUCUGCCACUACUAAUAUGUGUGAUACCCUAAUGGUGACCCUCCUUUACUGUGUUUCAGAUCAUGGAUGAGACCCAAACACAGAUAGCCUGGCCGUCCAAAUUGAAAAUUGGAGCCAAGUCCAAAAAAGGUAAUAAUUUCAAUUUUUACUCUGUUCCUGUUUUCAGAUUUUCAUGAUCUGUUGUGCUUCUAUUCAUGUUGCCGUAUGUUACUUCACUAUUUGGUAACAAAUGGGCUGAAAGGAUUCAUGAAGUUGAAAUUAAAAAUGUUAAGCCUGCAAUGUGUUGGAGCCCGUAAAUGCUGGCAUGAAUUUUCAUGACAUUGCAAAACAAAUUACUCUUAAUUUUCUCACUUUGUGAAACACAAGAUACCAUUUUUUUUGUCUAAAAGAGUUUUAAUAGUACAGAUGUGUCAUGUCAUACUAUCUUACCUACAAUAUCGGGGAGGCAACCUCAGGGUUGCAGUUAAGAGGUGGCCAUGCCCCCCUCCUUAAAAUUAAACCAAAACCUAAAGCAGCGAUUGGCUGUUUGCUCUGCCACUGACUGUACUGAAGAUCAAACAAACUGUUUUGGAUGUGCCGGCCAAGGCUACCAGUAUCUUUCCUGGCAUUUCGGUUUCACAAACUUUCGUUGAGUUUGUACUCAAUAUUGUGACUUAAGACAAACUUUUUUUAGACUUUAAAGAUUAAGCUGCAAAGACUGAAAUGUUUCCACCCUGCUCUGCUCACAUAUUCUUUAAACGUCCUCUGCAGAAGUCGGUCAAUUUGGCCACUCCAUUGGAAAAAGUCAUGCUCAGCUCAUGGGUCAGAUUUCUGCCUUUGAUAUGUAAAUGAUCAUCAAUGAAUGCUGUUUUAACCACAAAUAUGUUCAUGGAAGAUUGGGCUAAAAUGGACAAGAGGGGAGUAUUACUUGGUUGCAUGAGAAUUUGGUAUUAAAAAUUUAAUAGAGAAGUUUGAAAAGAUGAAAGCACGUGUUUUCUGUUCCUCUGUGACUUAAUAUCUGCUCUGAGGAAUUUUUGAUGCUGCCAUGUGCGAGUCACGCAUUUAUUAGUUGUUCCAGCUCUCUGUUACCAAUAAAAUAUUAUCAUGGUUAUUUAAAGCUCAUCCGGGAGGGGUUGAGGGUGACGGGGGUGAGGAAUAGGUGUAGCUCUGCCCACUUUGUUGUCCCCAGGGGAAUCACCAGUGUACGUCUUUGAGCCAGAUGUGGAAUCCAAUGACAUUAUGUAACUUCCUCACUCGCUCCGCACAGAGAAUAGUUGACGAGGUUACAUCAGAAUCUUUAACAUUCUUCUCUCAAGAUGCUUAAUCAACUGUAACUGGCAAUCCUCCCUCACACAAACAUCCAUUCAUCCCAAGCAUUAGUUCAUUCACAAAACCUGCUUCCAACCCCACCUGGGAAUGAUGUUCUGUGCAUGAGACGAUGCUAUUUAAAACUUUGUUCCAUGAUUUGUUGCCUGUCAGAUUUCUUUCUCCUCUGAAUUGCGUAAACCGAAAGGAGAGGAAUGUUGGAUUAUCAUUUGGCGUUAUCUUUUGAGGGAAUGCGUUCACAGGAGAAGAAACAUGUGGAACUGAGUGUGUAUUUUAACAACCUGAAGUUAUGUGAGGGAGAAGAGGGAAAGGCUAAAGGGGGAUUGUUCUGACUCUGACAGAGUCUGGAGGCUAAGACUGAGCAUGAAAUCCAGAUUAUAACUGGCCCUCAGUACGCAUCAGUGUCACAUUGUAGGCUUAACAACAGAAAUUUAACCAACUACUUUGUUUCUUUUCAAACAAUUGUACCUCAUUUGCUCCAAGACUUAUGAAGUCAAUAAGUGCAUCAUUACAGUAUAUGAGUAAACAGUCACCAGACCAGCAGAAACAGAUGGGAACUCCCAAAAUCCUAUAAAACUAUAUUAAAAAAGACUCACCUGGGUCCUGAAUCAGAUCUUGAAUCCAAAGUCCAGGUAACCUCAUGAAGGUCUCAGACAUGAAGUUGUUGUUUGUAAGUACUCUGGACUUUUUCAUUUUGUUAAAUAUAAAGUGAUGAAUCAAUGUUGGAUAUGUUUGUAUGUGUAGUUGAUAGGGUUGUCCCGAUAUGAUAUUGAUUUCGGAUAUCAUUCUGAUAUCAGCAAAAAAUGGAAUAUUGUAUUACCGUAUUUUUCGCACUAUAAGGCGCACCUGAUUAUAAGGUGCACCAUCAAUUUGCGUCUAUUUUCAUACAUAAGGCACACCAGAUUAUAAAGCGCAUUAAGCCAAACAAAACAGUCAGAUAAGUCAAACUGUAUUAACUCAUUCAGUGACCCCGCAAGGCUACGGUAGCUGCAGUGGUGCAACAAGCCGAAAGGGUUUUAAGUGCACCUUAUAGUGUGAAAGUGUGAAAAAUAUGGUAUAUUGGCCUGCAUCUUAUAUCUCCGGUAUCAGCGCUCCAAUACACGCAAUCAAUUCCGGACUCCGCUCCAACACCUUUAUCUAGCAGCACUCGGAUCCAGUAAGCGAUGACGGCCCUGUGGAAGUAUUUUUCAUAUAAUUCAGAAAACAACGUUGCAGCUGAGUGCAAAACUUGUCAUGCACAAGUUUGCACUAAUGUCGGAUCAAUAUAGGUAUUUGACAAUACCUAAGACAACAAUUUUGGUAUCGUAUCGAAGGUAAAAAAAAUUGUAUUGGGACACCAAUAGUAGUUGAUAUUUCGAGCGGCUUUCAGGGCAUACAUCUUUCAUUCCUUUUGCUUUAAUGCAGCCUAAGCUGGCUCUAUAUCUACUUUAGCUGAUGAAUUACAGUUACAGUAAAUUAAAUCAGUUGCAAAUUGAAGAAACAGCUGUGUUGUAUUAAAGAUGUGGUUUGUUGCGCAUGACGUAUUACCAGUUCAUGUACCAGUUCAUUUGAUUUUUAUUUAUUACCUUUUUUCUCUUCAACUUCUUGAUCAAAGCUUUUCCAAAACCACCCAAAUAAUUCAAGGCAACAUUUUGAAACUAUGACCCGAACAAAACAAAACUGGUUUUCAUGAACUAAUACAAUUUGAGAACCCUUUUUUCUUUUGAAAGAAUACUUUCAAGAUUUUAUCACUCAAAUCUGAUCGGAUCACUUUGGAAAAACAAGGCCGUCUAAAAUAAAAACAGGAGCCUGCAGGAAAAUUACACGAGACAAUAAACUGCAUUCCUUUCAUUCUGUAUCACUCUUUUAUUAGAUAUGACCCGCAUAAACUCACUUCCUCUGUACUAAAAAUAGCUUCUGACGUGGAUGUGUUGUUCUUGAGGGGUUACUGAUUACCUCCAGUGAUCGUAAUCUAAAAAAGCACUCCUUAAGCUUAUUGGUUUGCAUUGUUUUCUCUGGAAUUUAGCAUCAGUGUUGUCUUUCAUGUGCGGUCUGGAAUCAGUUACACUCUGCAGGAUAGCAGCAGAUGUGAAGGGAUUUGUACGUUUGUAACCUCUCCCCACUCUCCAUCAAAAUGCCAGUUCCUCUGUUGCAUCUAUCACCUACAGCUAGCUAUUCCUCACUACCACCUGCAUGAGUGUGAUAAGGCCAGUUGUUAGCCUCUGAGGCAAGCUAUCAUUGCUCCCUGUUGGUAAUUCAAUACAUUGAGGAAAGCGCUAUCACUCACACGAGACAGGGCUGCAGUGCAACUUGCUGGACUAUGCAGCAGAAUGGUUAAUACCUUGAUAUCCUUAAGAUUUGUGUUUUAUUUUUACACGAUAGAUAUCUCACAUGCUACUUCUUCUUGCCAAUUGUCUGUUUCAACAUUUCUGCAGAUGUUUUUAGAGUAAGAAGGACUUAUUUCCCUUCAUUUGUGUGGUAUUUGCAAAUGCAGUCCUCAGCUGGAAAAAUGCUUAAGCUGUGCCAGUACAGAGCUCCAGUAGGGUCAAAAGGUUUCUUUUCUGUGGAAGUGGAGCUGUGUAAAAAUCCAUGCGACUGAAAGACUUUUGCUUUCUGCAGCUCCACUCCUGUUUUUUCUGCUUUUCUACCUUUUGUUUGUGCCAAAUUAAGACUUAAGGUGUUCGUUUUUUUUUAAUUCCACAGCCAAUCAACCAAAAAAAAAAAAACAGAGAGGAAAGAGCACGCAGCUCACUCGGUUUCAAAAAUGCGGGGGUGUUCUACAUCAUGACUGCAACACUCGUUUAGGCUGGCUAAUGUUUGCCAGAUGUGCAGUGCAGCACUGACUGGAAGAUCCAAAACUCCCUCUAAUGGCCGCAGCAGGCGCCACAGGAGGAAGUAGAGGGAUUUCUAUUGUUCAGAGGAACAGCUGUAUGAUGGGAAAAUUUCCUGGAACCGCUGCUGAGACUGUGAUCUCUCUGCUCUUUUUUCUUUGUUUUCCUUGGUUUUGUUUUCCUGUCUCAAGCUCCAGCUUGGGUUUUUGUUUGGUUCCUACCCCUCAAGCCAUCUAAGCCCUGUUGUUUCUCUCCCACAUGAUCUAACAUCUCUUGUUGUGUGUGUUGAGGUUGCCUCUCCCCCCUGACUCAAUAACAAGGUCAGCGCUUGUUUGCCGGUUCUGGACCUCGUAGCUCCUUUUGGCUCUUAGACAGACGACCUAACGUCUUUCAGAUAUUUCCAAAGAACAGGAUUCAUUAUUAUUAUUAUAUAUAAUCAAGUCUUAAGAUCAUGUGGUCUUUUGCAGCUCCAUGGAGGCUACGCUGGUUUUGCUUUUGUGAGUUGAAAAUGGUAAUUAAACAUUCCCAAAAACAUUUGAAAGUUGGGAAUUCCCUCGUCCCCAGAAAAAAAAGGGCUGACCAUGUUUUUCUAGUUGUUCUUAUUUCUGCAAUGUCAAGGAUUUUCACUCUCAAGAUGAAGUUCAAACACGUACAUGUGGGGUUCUUUGAGGUCCCAAUGAUUUUUCUAACAGUGACUCGAUUCUAUGAGGGUUAAAUGUCAUCCAUACCGUUAAUCUGAGUGUGUCUGUUAGUGUGUAUGGGGAGGGUUAUUCCUGGAAGGGGGCUUAGAUGACUUCCUGCAGCUUAGUACAGCUAACAGGGGCGCUGGACUGUGGGUGUGUUGUACAUGCGUGCACACAUUCUGAAUUUGCGUGUUUUUUUUUUUUUACAUCUGAGUCCUCCAGGGGUUCGGCAUGCGGCUGAUCCAGAUGUAGACUCAGCCAACACUGCACAGACCGAAGCUUUAGCUUGAAACGGUUCAGGUGUGAGUUUUGUUAUUCAGUCUGAAGUUUUCAGAGUUUGGAGGAGAACUUUCUCUCAUGCUAACUUUUUACUCAAACAAAUAUUCUGUGUUCCCACUAAAAGUAUUAAUACAGAAUUUCACACAGAUGUUGUCUCGUCAUUCCUGCGAGAGAGAAAAUUGGCUCUGCGUAUGACAGCUGAUAAAGAGCUCAACAAAGUAUAUGAGCUGCCGCAGUGUCUGACUGACAGAAUGGGACUCAGGAGAAUGAGGUGAUAAGCAUCACACGAACAUCUCUGUCUUCUGUCAAGCAGGGUUCGAUAGCUGCAGAAGAAGUCUCCCCAGCUUUGAGUGUUUCUGCCUCUCGACUGACUGAUGGAUUGCUUGAAUAUAUUACAGAGAUGCAAAACCUCCUACCCGCUCCCCUCCCCUGCUCCACGUGGUGUGGUCGCCUGCCAGCUUGAAUGAGACUCGGCAGAUAUCAAAGCAGCAAUUACUGUUGCAGAGCUUUCCCUCCGACGCUCUAUAAUUUGUUGACAAAUGUAGACUGCUGUGUCAUGUUUGAUUAAAUGGGAUUUACUUGCGUUUCUCUCUCACUUACAUUCAAUCUCUGCCCUUCAUUACCGCACAGGAAACUGCAACACACACUCCCACCCUACAAUUUUAACCUUUCCCUCUCUUGUUUUUCUUCCCUCCCCUGUAGAUCCACAUAUCAAGGUGUGCGGGAAGAGGGACAAUGUGAGAGAAGCCAAAGACAGGAUAAUGUCUGUCCUGGACACAAAGGUACAGUAAACAUCUCAGUAUCCCUCUCCCUGAAUGUGUUUUGCUUCCUCUCUUUCCCAGUGACAGAUUGCACACAGCAGUGUAGCACAACUUGGCGCUAAUGUCACCAGGUACUGCCAUCCCCGAGCUGAGCCGCAGUCAGUGUGUGCAUGCAGGCUUCAUCGCCAUGGCAACAAAGCAAAUCAACCACCUAGGCACCUGCACUGUAGCACCCUCUGGGGGAAGGCAGUUCUCUGUGCAGUUUGAAGAGCCAAGCACCAAAAAAGCAGCACAUAAUAGUCCUCAGGUCUUUAAGUAUUUCAUGUGGUUUUGUCACGAAAAGGCUGUUUCGAUCUGGCAGAAACAACAGAGGCAUUCGAUAAUUGAAUACCUUUUUUAAUGCACUUCAUCUUUCGUAGCUGAUUUGGUUCAUUUGAGAAUGAUUGCUGCAGCUGAAAGUGUUUAUAAGAAGGGAAAUUGUAAGUUUUGGGUCUUGGGACUGUUUUUAGGUGGAGUUAAGGGAACAGAUGCUGCACUGGCUUUUUUCAGGAGAGCAGCACUUACGAUCUUGAUUCUCAUUUGCACACAUUCAAAUGAGAAAAAGAGGAAGAAUAUUUGAUCUGAUGUACCGUCAUCAACUCCUAUCUGUAAACUAAGUGGCUACUUUUUGGUGCAAGCUACUCUGGGCUUAGAGUCACGGCUGCAUCUGUAUUUAAGAAGUGGGCAAAACUUCCUUUACCGAGUUCAGUCUACCUGGAAGGAUUGAUCAUUUAUCAUUCUAAUGCAUUGUUUUCUUGCUCCAUUAAACAAGCUUUUGAAAAGAUUAUCGAUCAAUACUUACUCCAGCCCCCUCUCAUCCACUCAUUAGAGCAACAGGGUAACUCUGAAGAUGGACGUCUCCCACACAGAGCACUCCCACGUUAUCGGCAAAGGUGGCAACAACAUCAAGAGGGUGAUGGAGGAGACAGGCUGCCACAUCCAUUUUCCAGACUCCAACAGGAACAACCAGGCGGAGAAAAGCAACCAGGUUUGUGGGGCGUCACGUAGAUUUACUCUGUGCAGUUUCAGUGAGGGAUGCGAGGAGGAUGGGUGGAGGUUGCUGCUGGCUGCUGUCUGAUCAAAGACAAAUAUUUGCUUUAAAUCUUUUCAACCACAUCAUUGAACCAUGAUUAUACUGAGAGUCUAAGUGUUCUGCAUGCUGUUGCUGUCAGGUGUUUACUCUCCUCAUACCUCUGCAGUUUAUUUUCUUCAGUAGUAGCUCUCAGGUUGGAGUGUCUAAACAGGUUGCACAGAGUUGGGUCAGUUAAGUGUUUUGAUUGGCCGACCCGGAGGAAGCUGGUGUGUUUUGGCUGGAUUCACUUAAAGAGCAGUGGAUCCUGUUGUAAUUACCAUUAAAAUGAAGUAUGAGCAGUUCAGGAAAGCAGACUACUGGGCACGACAUCAGAUACUUAUCUUUGCCAGAUGCUGGUACACCUGUGUACGAGAACACUACCUCAGAGUGUCCACUUUUCUUAUUUAGUAGUAGUAUAAAUACUGGAAGAAUACAAAAUGUGUUUGUGAUCCAAAUUGCAAUAUAAAUGUAUAGCCCCAAUACAUACAUGCAGAUAACUUGUCAGUACUUGAUAUUUCAUAGCUUUUUGAACCCCCUCCAAUGCUGCAAGUAGGGAUGCACCGAUACGAUAUUUGGAUUGGAUAUCGACUCCGAUAUUGACACAAUAACUGGAUCGGAUAUCUGAUGAAUGACGCCAAUCCAGUCUUUUUUUCUUUUCAUUAAUACCAUACACAGCAACACAGUGAUUCUGUUCACUCUAUAUUCCAUGUCUGUCUAUCCUUUUGCACUAAAUGUUGACAUGGAAGUCUUACUUCUUUUUGCUGUGUGCUAAUGUCCAAUUUGUUAUUUGUUCAUAGAUAAUAUUAGUAAAUUUAUAUCUGUGUUAAGUUAUUACCAUUUUUUAACAAGGCUAAGGUCAAGCCUGAUGCCUUCACUCACAGGGCAAGGUAUACAGUUCAUUCAUUCAACAGUAGUAUCGGCCAAUACACUCAGCCUAGGUAUCGAUAAUGGAUUGGUGCAUCUUUAGGUGCAAGCACAGACUGAAAGGUAGCAAGAGACUCAUUUGAAGCCCAGGACCCCCUUCAGCUGUCCCCUUUUUCUGCUUUCAAAUGCUUACACGCUGAAGUAGAGCCUUUGAGCUUCAGAGCAUAUUGACACGUGCAGUGGUGUUGGUAAGCAAAUCUAAAUACGUGUGAAAAUCAAUGAAAGUGCUGUUUACCUUUCACUCUCACUGGAGCUGUUUGAAAUGAGGAUAUUGUUCAAACAGUCUUCAGCAGGGCAUGUGUUCACUUAUACGAGGCUUGACUCUGGUUUUCAUUUGGAAAGAUGUCAUGUCUUCCCACAACAUUGCCCUCCACAUUUGUGACGUGUGUGUGUGUGUGUUUGUCAGGAAGGACCAAACUAGCUUUAGCUCUUAAUGUGGCUGAACCGCUUUCCUAUUUGUUUCUUCUGCUGAGGUGCUUUUUGUCCUUCACUGCUGAUCCGUUACAAACACAAGAAAGUAAAAAGGAAAUUUCUGACAUUUAAUGGCCUUUUAUAUUUCUGUGGUAAGGAACUCAAUCAAAGCUCUCAUCUUGGUGGUUUUUAAAUGGUCAGUUACUUCAAUUUUGGGGUCAAUAAUUCAAUUGAAAUGUUCAUAGUAACUAUAAUGAUGUGGCUCAAUAAUAAAAACAUUAAGUGGAAAUAGUGUAAGGUACAAAAAAGGGUUAGGUUUCAGUAUUGAAGUCACCUUUUUUUCUAAACUGUGCCUUCGUUUAUACUUCAUGUAACUGUAUGCAUUGACCUGAGCCAUUGUUUUUCUUGGAUUGAGUCCGACCCAGCUAACUGAUUUACAUGUAACUUUUUUAUUGUAAACAGGUGUCCAUCGCUGGGCAGCCGGGAGGGGUGGAGGCAGCACGAGUCAAAAUACGGGUAAGCUGGACCUCAGCCACACUUGUCUUAAAGGAAUACUCCACCCAAACACUCAUUCCCUCCAGGCUCGUAGGGGUGUAAUUUCUGACCUGCAUGAAGGGAAGUGACUGUGGUCCGCUCAGAUUUCUGAAAUUUUUCCAUUUAUGUGAGCACUGACUUAUGUUAACUGCAUGGAAAUAUUUCAGAGAAACAUCACAUCCUAUUGUGGCCAAAUAUGUAGCCACCACAGUUCAUGCUCAGCACUACUGAGCUCAUUAACAACCUUGUGGAUGAGUUUCCUAUACAUGUACUGUACAUACAGAUUUGUGGACUGCAUGCUAAUUAUGUAAGCUGUUACAAGUUGUUAAAAACCCUACUUAAGCUAUUUCCUGUUCGCCUGUCUUCUUCUUGUGAAUCCUUGCCUGACUGUAGCCUCAGCGCACCAUUUUUCUCCUGAAUCAUUAAUCCAUGCUAGUUUAUUUGUUAGCUCAACUUAACUUCAGCCCAUGUGUGGUUUGACAUGUUUACUCUAUUUUUCAGCCAAUCGCUGUAGAGAAGGGACUGAAAGUAGCUUGUUUUUUUUAUAAUUAAAGGGAUAUUCCGGUGGCUGUGGCUGGGACCGUAUAUGUAAAAAUACAUGGGGGAUCAAUAAAGGAAUAUUCUAUCCUAUUCUAUGUACUGUUGAUGAAGUUAGGUGCUGCUCUGAGCAUUAUUUGUGGCUAUAGAGUGGCGUUUUGGUUGAGCGUGUGGCUUUUUGUAUUGCUAACUGUGGUUGUUACUAAAGUUGGUAUAACUAGAGAAGUAAGUGGUCGGCAACAUUCAUCUCUGGAGGGGAUAUCUAACUCGGUGUUAUGGUGUGUUUGACCUGAACUUAAUUUUACGCCGGAAUAUCCCUUUAAGUAAUAUAGAUUAUUCAAAGAAAAAGUAUGGUAAACCCUGCACAUUUUCAAAUCUAUGGACUGCUAUUGUAAAUCUGCUGAUCACACCUGCUUUUGUUGUUUAUUUGCAAGUCCACCCAAGCUCUUCCUUGUUCCUCCAGUGAAUUCUGUCAUGUGCUGCUGUUUUCCAUUUGGCCUUCAAAAUUAAAAUCCAAACAGUUGCCUUCUCCACAAAACCGGGGGUCAAGACAGCCAAGUUUCCUGCCUAAUCUCACCAGUAGAAGAACUCCAGGGUUACAGCCGGUAAUCCUGCUCUCCAGGCACAGUGCUUCAGUACUUUUAAGCCACAAACACAAUUCCCAGUCUAUUCCCAGACCACUUCCCUGGAACAAUUGAAAAAUAAAAGCUUGAGCCUCAGCCUCAUCAGCUGGUGUAUCUCCAGACCAUUUCCUAGACUAUUCACUGUCUUCAGUUUCAGUCUGACUGGAAGCCCGACCUCCAGCCUCAGUCCUGCGGGCGGAGGACCUCUCUGCUCAAGUUAAGUGUUACAUCCCUGAACUUUUGCCUUAUUUCAACACUGCGGCUUACAGUGAGCACGUUCCUCUAUGGCAGACUGACCAACACUAAUAAGUCUGUGUGCAAGUUACUAUGACUGAUUGAGUGAGACGUCUGAUAGGGUGGAGAGACAUGCUGGUUGUUAGCACAGUGUGUAUUUGCAAAUGUCUGCAUAUGCAAACCUAUACUUCUUCGUGCUAAAUGGUUAUUUUCAUAAGCAUCAAGCCAUAAACCAGGUCAUCUAAUAUUUAAUACGAGUGAAAAAGAUGAAUAAUCAAACCAAAUCAUAGCACAGUGUUACGAAGAGGUUUAUAAUAUAAGCUGUAGAGAACCACAAAGAUUGUUUUAGCCUCCAAAGAACACACAGUCAGCGGAUGACGAGGGUGGAUCAAAAGAUACGUUUCCCUCUGGCUCUUUUUUUUUUAAGCAGCCAGACCUUGAUACUCACCCCAUACUGUUAUAUCAUAAUUCCUUUUAUGCUGUUUCAUAAAACACUCUUUAUUCACAACGUGCUGUUCUUCAUUACUGAGAAAUGAGAUGAAUCACAUAAAAGCUUAAUUUCUUAACCUCAAGACAAUUUCCUCAAGUGCAACAGGGAAACAGGCACACUGUUGAGAUUUCCUUUUUAUCUAAACCAUUCCAUUAUCAAAACUUCACCUCGAAAAACCUCAACCAUAAAAGAUAUUUUCCAUCAUUAAGUCAUGAAUAGGCUACACCCACGCACAAUGUUUUGUAGUUUUCAAAAUAAACAAAUGAUAGGCAUGUCUCCACAAUAACAGUAUAUGCUCGGUAAUUAAUGUACGGAAGCAUCGUCUUUUUGCCCAGAGUCAAAGUAUAUGAAUGUUUUUCUGCAUAUGUUAGUGAUAUCCUUUGUUACAUAUUGUCAUGUAUAGAUUAACUUUAGGCAAAAUCUGCAUGUUGAAUUAAUGAUACCAAAACAGCCUGAUUAACAUCUUGGGUGAGAAGCAUUAACAGCUGUUCUUUCUCUUUUAUUUUGAAAUAAGUAAAACGCCUCAGUAUCAAUCAAACCAGUGUCUUGCUGUGGCGGUAACAACAGAAAACUUAAAUGUACUGUCUCCCUGGAAUGAAUCAUAAACAGUUUUUAUGUCAGAGAGCCAGCAUCAGUAAAGACUCACUAUUAGACCCCCUCACUCUCCACUGAGGGGUGCUCAGAGUUGGUCUACUGAAACGUGUAAACAGAUGGGGAGUGUGAAGGGAGAGGUUGAAGGGGGUGCAGUCUUUAAGAGGCCACUCUUCUUCUUCCUUCUUCUUCUCUUUUUAAUUUUAUUGGACAGUUGGCUAACAGCUUGAAAGUGCAUUACUGUCACCUACUGGGAAAAAACGGGGUGGAUGAAUAUUUAAAUCCCUCCGCUUCCUCCUCUCACACUUUAACCUGUAAAACAGCUGUUCAGCUACGCCCAUUGUACCGUUUGAUAGAAAUCAUAUACAUUACAGUUGUGUUUAUCCUCUCAUUUAACUCUUAAAGAUUCAUGAAUAUCUUACAUUAACUUGAAGAUUAUUUUGACAAACAAGAGGAGAAAUUUUACAUGAAAGCAGCACACAGCGAAUACUUACUAAAAUACAUCCACACACCUAUCAGCUGUCUUUUUCAGAGACAUAUGAGAAGAUUGAUGCCACUUGCAAAUUUGUCCCUUCAGUUCAAACAAUUCCCUAACCCUUUAUUAAAACAUGGAUGGCUUGCCUGGCCAUGUUCAGUGUUUAAGGUAAAGCUUGUGCCGCAGGCUUAGAACAUUGCUUAUAAUUUUAUGUCUUGUAGGUUUCAUCCUUAAUAAAUAAAUUUACUAAACUAUCCUGCACAUAGCCUCAAUAGGGCCCUUAGCAAAAUUUGAUUUAGGAGCCCUCUAUUUCUGCCAAUAAUAUUGAUUGUUGAUCAUUCACACACCUACUACAGUAUAAAUUUAAUGCACCAGACAUGUCUUUGCACAUGUAACAUAAAUAAUACAUAAAUAGUACCAAUGCAACCAUACAAAUAAUACCAAUGAAUGACUAAUAAAUAAUGAUCAGGGUGCCACAUAUGGUUUUUAAUCUCAAAAUGUAACACGUUCAGGAUGCUCAGUGCACAGCAGGAGGCACAAAACGGUAGCAAAGCUUUAACAUAUCGGCAGAAUCAUAGGCCGACAUCAGCAGAAGCAAAUGUUUUUACUUUAUUUUAUUUAAUUUUUACAAUAAUAUAUAUUUGAUCAUACAAAAAAAUGUUUGAUUGCUCUUGGGGGCCCCCUACUGGCCGUGGGGCCCUAAGCAGGCGCUUAGUAUGUUUAUGCCUUGGGCCAGCUCUGCAAAUAGCUGCUUAGCUAAGCAAGUUGUCCAGUAUGUUUUGGGCAUUUAAAUGACUCAUAUUUUGUCUUCUCAACAACAAAUAUUCUUAAAUAUGAAAGAACUCUAUGUAAAUAUAUUUCAAAAAACAUGCAGGAAGCAGUCUGGUUUAUUUUACUGUCUUGACCCCCUUCUGUUGAGGUUGCCGGCGCACAACAGUGUGUUGUAUGAUGUGUGUCUAGUCCUGGGUGGCCUUUAGACCACAUCCUUCUUUUCUGCCUAACCCCCCUAAAAAAAAAAAAAGAAAAGAAAAGAAAAAAACAGAAAUGGUUUUGUUUUUCCUUCUCGCAGAGCUACACCAGGGAUGAAGGUAAUGUCCCUUUAACUCCCAGACAUACCAGAGGAGACUUGUAAGGUCUACUGUAUUUCUACUGUACUUCUGAGGCCCUCUUGGGUGGAGAUCUGUGUAAGUCUGAAACAAGGCAGUUGUUGAGGUGAUGGAUUCUCAGGGGGAUUUCUAUGAGCUUUCAGAGGUGGAGCUGACAGGCAGGUGAUGAAAAGUCUGGCGAGUUGCUUUACCUCGAAGAUAUUUUCAUUUUUCUUCAUCUCUCACCCUUUCUGUCAGAAGAACUGAAGUCUUUUAGUAGCGUGUUCAGAUUGAAUACAUGUGAAGUUGGUAUCUGCCAGGUAGACUGCUUUAAAAAAGCUGAGGUCAGCUCCACCAUAAAAAUCAGUCUAUUCUUCAUUCAGCGCUUGACUCCUGCUGUUCUGCCUCUCCUCUCUUGCCUUUCCUUUGCCGCUGACCUAAAUUUCUCGAGUCCUCUGAGAGCGAGUGCUGAAACGUGAUAUAAAUGUAAGGCCAGGCGCAUAUGGGACUGAUCAGGGACGCAUUUCUUUGGUCAGAGCAAUUCAUGCUGCUUGCCCUUCACUGGCAGCCAAAACCAUAGUGGCCCUCUGCCCAAGAGCCAGUGUUUGGAUAACACUGUGCGUGUGUGAGAGUGUGUAUUCAUUCGCCUGUGUGUGACUGUGUGUAUGCACAUUCCCUUCAGUUUGUCUCUGUUUGGGCGUGUGCUCGUGAUUUCUCUCAUGCAUGCAUAAAUAUGUGUGUUGGUGAAGAGAGGCCUUCCUGUCACCAUCUAUUGUGUUUGAAUGACUGCUGUGAUUUAAACGACGAAAGAUCAUGUCUGUUGCUGCUUCUGCGGUUGGAUUCAGUGACUUGAAAUUAAUAUAUGAGCCCGAAACCUGCCGGAGACCGCUGAUGCUCUGCAGAAUUUUUCAACCACAGUCAGAAUGACUUUGCAGCCAUGAUCUCGUGAGUGAUCCACCACUGUAACCUGUAGCGAAAUUCAUGCAACAAAGAAGGUCUUUUUCUUUUUGCGUGCAGUGCUGACCUCAUUUUGAGAAACUUCCCUGGAUUUAUUUGAGUCGACAGAUUUCCAGGCAAAGUUUUGCCACCUUCAGCUGAGGGCAAGGUUGUUAUGUCUCUGCAUCAAUUCACACAAGUCCUCACUGUGUAAAGAAAUCACCCUAGUCUGAGUGAGUGCCAAUUCGUUAUUUGAUCCCAGUCAAUUUACUUCCAUCUCAUCAUUUUGUCCAGCAGCAUCUGUGGCAGAAUGAAGAUAAUCAAUACGACUUUGCACAGCUGCUGCACUUCAGCAGCCAUCAUGCUGUGCCAUUUCACCCUCAUUUCAUUUCCUGUCUUUCUGACCCUCCUUGUUAUAGGAGUUGCUCCCUCUUGUGCUGUCUUUCGAGCUUCCAGCCAUCAUGCAGUCCGACCCAAGCUCCCCGACCGUGCAGCACAUCUCCCAGACCUACAACCUCACAGUCUCCUUCAAGCCCCCCACCCGCCUCUACAGAGCCACCGGAGUGGUCCGUGGCUCGCAGAAUAAUGCCAACGCAGUCAAGGUGAGGAGGGCUCGGCCUUUUGGUUGAUUUUGUAGGACGGUUGAGUAAAUAAAAUUCUCUGUACCUCUAAUAAGUUUGACAUGUGCAUAUGAAGUAAAGAAAAAAUAUAAACUGUAAAUACACACCCACACCCUACACUUCUACAUACCCUGAUGAGAGCUAACACGCAAGGUAUUUAAGGAGGGCUGGAGGAGCAAGGGGUGGAACUAUUAUUAUUAUUAUUAUUAUUAUUAUUAUAAAAAUAAUAAUAACAAUAAUUAUUAUUAUUAUUGUUAUUAUUAUUGUUAUUAUUAUUUAUUUUUUUUAAUGUUGUUGUUAUUAUUAUUAUUGAUGUUGUUGUUAUUGUUAUUAUUUUUAUUAUUGUUAUUGUUAUUAAUUACUGCGGAUCUCCUUGAACAAUCAGUCCACAGUCUAUCAGACAACAAGACACUCGCCCAAGUUUUUAUGGGCUUGACAUGAAUUGUUUGAAAUAUCUGCAGAACUAAAUGAAACUGUGUUUUUCAAUAUAAAAGAAAAUAGCAGCAAAUUUUUAGAGUUAAGAGCUUAAAUUUAGUAAAUAUCUGGCUGGUUGCUUCACGUAAGACUUAACUUUUAAUAAAUCAAGUCCAAAAAGUGCUCAAUUUAUGUAGCAUUUGUUUUCCAGCUUGAAUAAAUUCUCCAAAGGUUGAAUAUUUUAACAUUAAUUUAUCAACUGAGUUGUGCAGUUUUAUGCAGGGACAGAUGUUCUGAUUUGCAUUCAAUACAAAGUUAUGCACGCCCGUGUCCUAAAUGUGACCCGAAUUGCCAUAAUAGCAAAAAUUAAGUCUGUGUCCUUAAGAUUUUCCGUCGAUAUGAAAGUAAAAUUCAUGAAGUGACCAAAUUUUACAGUUCAUCGGUUCAAAUAUCCCAGUUAUUAGUUUGUACCCCCUUAAAGAUCCCCAAAGAACAGCUGAGCCCUGAUCGGUGAGCUCCUUGUCAGUCAUUCUACUAUGAUAAUAUUUAAGCUAAUACCCUCCUUACCUUCUACACUCAACAUGGCCAGCCACAGACCAAAAAAAGGUUUCCAGGGCUUCACUAUGUCAAAGCCCACCAACACUGUCAGCGUUCUUCACUUUUCUUGUAUGAACUGCCUCAUUACUCUCAGCACCACAGGGGCAGAGAGUGCUGAGAGAUGUUUGGUGGCUUGAACUGGCAGGCUGCUAGGUCAGCGCUUCAGUAGGAGGGAAUGCCCUACAACUGUACCAGGAGGUCCAAGAGACUCACAAAGUUUGAUAUUUAUUGAAAACAGACUUUUACAAUUCCUCUACUCGUGCUUAAACAUACUUUUUAGUAAUAUAUGUUUACACACACUGAUGCCCUUCCUAAACUGGCAUAUGAGAUUCAUCAAGUUUAAUACUGCCAAGCAGGAUCCUCAUCAUCUGUGCCAAAUCAUACCUGCCAGCUUUCCGAGCCUGUAUGAGAAGAAUAUAGCUCAUUUUGAUUCGUCAGAGACUCCACUGGGACAACAACAUAAGCAUUCCUGCUUUCUACAUACAGUAAAAUGUACAAAUGCAUGCAUGCAGAAGCACGUCUCCAAGCAUGUGGUAGGUCUGAGGGGUCGGUCAGGAUGAUUUGGUGCCAGAUAAUGGCUGCAGGAUUAGAGAAUAUGUGUGCUAUGUUAUGUGGUGGUGCGAGACCCUUCGCAGGUUGCUAUAACCACUGUGGAUUGUUGUGUUAUGCUGACCGCAGUGUAUGAAUUCCUGUUGCACACUGGAAAUGACUUACUUUACAAGGCCAAGUGAUGGCUUGCAGAGGCGUAGCAGAGACUGUGAGCAAUGAGGCUGUUCAACUGGACAGCAGAUGGAGUGGAAAUUACAAUAGUUUCCACUGGUGAUACAGAAAACGUUUCUUUUCUCUGGGAAAAGAGCACCAUGGCUCUCUUGCUCCCCUUUUUGAGUGGUUAAGUUCAUAAUUGGUCUGACUGAUGCUCUGGAAGAAAUAUAGUUCUGAAUUUGCUGUUUGACAUCAACUGUUUUUCAUCUCUUCAUGCAGUUCUGUUUGUUCUACUGUUUGUAUAUUUUGCCAAGUAUUGUUCAGGAGUGUGGAAAGAAUUAUUUUUUUUACCACCAGGACUAAAAUCUCAUAACCAUUCCACAUGCCAUGGAGUUUUAAGCUGACAUGUUAUUUGUUGUUAGAGUUAAUAUUGUGUUUUACACUUGGCAAUCCAAUAACUCAUUUCAGGAGUGUUUAAAAAAGUCAUGUUUGAGUUACUGAAUGAUGAUGAUGGUGAGUCAGUCAUUUUUGGGGAUAGAUUUUGUGAUCAUCGCACAGAGAGUGAUUUUCUUCUAAAAACUGAGUUGUUAUCUCUGUAGUGAUGCUCCUGUAAGUGGACUUAACAGCCAACAACAUGAACGUCUUCUAUCUUUUCUCUGUCAUCUCUUAUCUCUUUUACCUCUAUCUUAUUUCAGCUUUACUGUCUUUUAAGCUCUUGUUAUACUUGUACUCUUUCCUUAAUUAACCUUUUAGGCCUUUUAUUGUUUUAUCUCUUGCUCAUUUCUGUUGCUCUAUUUUAUCAUUACUAUUAUGAUCAGGAUUACCUAUUAUUAUUUUAUUAUCAUUGUUGAUAUUGAUUUUUAUAUUUACUAUCCUGUUUCCGCUUUCAUCCCCCCUUUUAAUUGCAUUUUCUUCUUUCUUAACUAUUUUAUGUUUUUAUUUUGGUCCUCAUGGUCUCAUUUUAUGUUGCAUGGUUCUUGUAUUGUCUAGGUUCCUUAUGACAUGAAAAUGGCCUUCACUUCCGUUUUAACUGAGAUUUUUGUUUUUAUCUGUCAUUUUUCCAUGUGCUCCAUGACUAUAUGUCAAAGCACUUUGGAAACUUUUGUUUUUAAAAGUGCUAUACAAAUAAAGUUAUUAUUACUAUUAUUAUUAUCAUUAUUAUUAUCGUUAACAUUCUGAUGUUAAAGCUCCUGUAAGGAAUUUUCUGUUUGCAUCAACUUUUACAGUAAACAAACUGCCAAUCUUGUCCCUGAUGGCCUUUUUUGCUUUUAGAUAUCUUAAAAAAGCGUUAACAUGAAUUUCAGUCUCUUUAAUAAACCCCCCAAAAAUCCUCACAGGAGCUUUAAUCUAGUCACAAUGAGCAAGGUUGAAUAAGGACACUCAAUUCUUAUUCAAAAAUGAUGAUAAAUGUUUUUUUUUUUUUCACUUUUUAAAAAUAUUUUACCAAACUGCUUUGUCAUUCAUGUUUCCUCAGAGGGGUACCGCUCUUCUCUUGGAGCACCUAGCCGGCAGCUUGGCGAGCACAAUUUCAGUCACCACCCACCUGGACAUCGCACCACAGCACCACCUUUUCAUGAAGGGCCGCAACGGCAGCAACAUCAAGCACAUCACCCAGAGAACAGGAGCCCAGAUCCACUUCCCAGACCCCAACAGCCCCCAGAAAAAAUCCACGGUCUACAUUCAGGGCACCAUUGAAUCAGUUUGCCUGGCAAGGCAGUACCUCAUGGUGUGUAGCACACUUGUGUGUUUUAGUGUGUUGUGUUUAUUUACCCUUGUAUGUGGAAAAUAAUUUUGUGAAACUGCUAAGCUUUGCUUUGGUGGUGAAAAGAGAGCAUUGGCAGUCUAACCCUUAGAUAUACAGUUUUGACAUGCUGUGUGGCAGCUACAAUAGAUGUCAUUGUUUCACCAGCAUCAUCAUGUUAUGUGUGAAUGAUGUGUGGGGUUUGGGAUAGAGUUGAAGAAGAAAACCAUGAUUGCCUUUGGAGGUUUUAGAAAGCCCUGGGAGAAGUUUGCUUGGCACCGCUCAUGCUGCUGACAUGUCCAGUUAAACAACAAUUUGUGGCUUAUUCAAGGUCAGUUUGUGUGAUUUACAGCCACAUACCUGCAUGUAGAAUAAACACACAUGUCUGCAUUAGCUUGGCAGGAGUCCGACAUAUCCUGUCUGUAUAGAAAUUUUCAUUAACGGCAUUAAUGGUAAUGGUUUGGCUCGCGUAUGCUGGAGUUUUGGUGGACUUAAAUUUCAGCCCCCUCAGUAAUUUCAAUACAAGCACAUUACCAUCACACUCUGGACUCGGAAGGAGCACAUCACAUUUACAUUUCUGUCGGUCAAAAAUGCUCUGUGGUCAUUCUUGUUUUGUUGCCUGUAACCACUGAGGCCGCCCUUAUCAGAAUGACUUAGGAACAUAAUCAAAUGUGUUUGAAAAAUGUGUAGAAGUGAUAGCCCUUUAAUUACUGUUGGCUGAAAACUUCUGCAUCUCAGCCGUAAACAGCUUUGGCUUUCUGUUUGGAGAUCCAUAAUGUGGGGCGGUAAUUCUGCCAGAGCUGCUCUCUCUUUGUCUGCGGCGUCCCAUUUGGCCUGAAAGACAUUUAGCCAAAUGCCAAAGCUGUUGCAGUGACUAAACACGACUUUCUCUGUUUGGACACACAAGACGGAGCCUACUGUCUGUCUGAGUAACAAAGUUUAAAAAAAGUUGAUUUACGAUGGAAAAAUUGGAGGGAAGAGAAGCAUAGAAAGCAGAGCAUGGUAGGGAAGAUUGAAAAAAAAAAAGAAAAUAGGAUAAAAGGGGUUGUUUUGAAAGUAGAAAACAGGAGUGAACAAACAGGAGAGGGAGAGGAGUCCCACUCGCUGUAGUCGUACUGUGUGAUUUGGUCUUUUCCAGCCAGACUUUAGAUUACAGCUCCAAUCUCAGGCCCUGUCAGAGCCAGCCUGGCCCUAUACUCUGCUGCUAAUUACACCCACUCACAAUAGGAGCGCUGUCCAGCACUCUGCCCAAAAUAUAGAUGUCUGUGGUGCUUGUGGUGGUGAUCAUGCAAAACAGAUUGCUCUUGGCGGAAUUUCCCAAGCUCAGUGUGGGAUGCAUCCAGCAGUGAAUCUUGUAUUUAUUGGUAUGGCUAACACGUGGGUCUGCAAAUGAAAGUGAAGUAUACUGCUGUUAUGACAAGGAACCCACUAAGAAAGAACAUGUAUGUUACAGGCUAAGAGGCUUGUUAGUCUGCUGCCAGCAUAAGAAAACUUUUGUUUUGUGUUUGCUUCACAGGGCUGCUUGCCUCUGGUCUUAAUGUUUGACAUUAAAGAAGACGUUGAGGUGGAGCCACAGUGCAUCACAACACUAAUGGAGCAGCUGGACGUCUUCAUCAGCAUCAAACCAAAGCCAAAACAGCCCAGCAAGGUAUGACACAAGGUUGACGCUCACAUUGCAUGGAAAGUUUUGCAAGCUGUGCUCGUGGUUUGGCUAAAUGGAUGUUAAUUUGGUUCAUCUGUUUCUAGUUUGUCAUAAAUUUGGUACAAACAGUCUUAUUCCCCUGAGGAUCGAUCCAAGUGAUCCUGACUUCUGUACUUCCACUCACCAUUAGUUUGAGAAAUAAGUCCAUUUUUAUGGGCAAAGCUAGUCUGCUGUGUUCAUUUUCCAGUUGACUUUUCAAGUACACACAACGCCUUCAGAAAAUCGUAUUGUAUGUGGAUCAUGUUGUUGAAUAAGCUCCAACAUGUGGGCUUGGCUGUUGCUUAGUCUCAUCAAAGUGAAAUGGGGUGUCAGACAAGAAAAUGUUUGUAGAGAUGAAGAAAAUAUGUAUCCUCCCCCUGGCCUCGUCGACAUACAAUUUUUGCUUAAAACAGAUCUCUGUACUUAAAGGGAUAUUCUGGCGUAAAAUUAAGUUAGGGCCAAACACACCAUGACACCAAGUUAGACACCCCCUCAAGAGAUGAAUGUUGCCGACCGCUUGCUUCUCUAGAUAUACCAACUUUCGUAAAGACCGCACAAUGGCAACACACAGCAGUCCCAGGAGCCAUGCGCUCAACCAAAACGCCACUCUAUAGCCACAAAUAAUGCUCAGAACAGCACCUAACUUCAUCAACAGUACAUAUAGAGUCCCAGCCACAGUAUAAGCCACCAAACAUCUUUUUAGCUUUGCCUAAUUUCUUUAGCAAAGAGACCAAACACAACUCACCCACUCUCUUCCAGCAGUGGCUUGUUUGUACGGAGACCUCCGGGUGAGUCCAUUACCGCAGCGGGUGACGCAGCUCACUUAAUUUUAUGCUGGAAUAUCCCUUCAACCGCUUUAUUCUCUAGAGUUUCGAACGAUCAAGAUAAAUAAUGGCUCACCCUCCAUCCAAAUUCAAGAACUUCUCACUGUUUUAUCCCCUGAGAAACACUGCGCUGUCUUACCUGUAACAGAGGUUUAAAGUACACAAAUCAGCCACUGUUUCAUUGAAAAAAAUUACUGUCAAAUGUCACAGCUUGGCAUGAAAAUUAAUUAUACAUGGCAAUUAUACAUAUACAAUUAUACAUUGUUUGAAAGAGAAAAAACAGACACAUUAUCAAGUAGAAUCGUCUUAUGCCAGAACUGCAAAGAGUUUUGGUAACUCGACACCGUGGACAAUCAGAUUUCUGCACAUUUCCCCUGAUGGAUGUGGACAAACAGGCUUUUACAACACCUCUGCUGUCCUGUCUGAGAACUCACUGGCCUGGUUUUCAUCUGUUCUUCGUCAGUGCGGUAGUAAAUUUAGAUAUGGAUAUUUUCCUCUUGGUUGAUUUAGUCUGUAUUAGUGAAAUGUGUUUUCCGUUUCCAUUUUGUAUUUUGUCUUGCAGCCUCUCACAAAAAUUUCGGUGCACAUGUGUUUUAUUUGAAGCCAAACUUUAAUGUCAAACAUGCUUUAUUUCUCUAUUACACAUAGUAUUCCCAAUCAUAAAUCAGCGCUUGGCCGUGUACUGCCUGUCUCUUCAUGGUGCCCAUGUCCUGCCCUGAGCCAGGGCUUGGUGCCCAAACCAGACAGGCUUGUGGGGGUUGGUGAGGAGGUGCCAGUGUAAACACUGACCCGGCCCAGCUCCUCUUAAGAACCCUUCACUAAAACAUUUCAAAGAGGUGACAGUACUAAUCCAAAAGGCUUCUCCACAUGCUAGGCUGCAGCCUCUGCCUCUGGCUGCAUCAGGAAGGGUGUGUGCGUAUGUAUGCAUUUGUGAGAGUACAACAGUUAUUGGAAUUCAUUUUUCAGAGCUGACAGAGCUGGGGUGUGAUUUGUGUUCACAUUUAUUUGUCUAAGAUGUUUAUGAAGGCUGGAGUUCCUGCUAAAUUUAGUCAUCCCCACCUCUGAGUUCAAACCUCCUAUAUGAAAAUGUGAAAUGUUUGUUUAAUAUCUCAUAGUGUAAAAGUCAUUGAGUAACUUUCAUUGCCUCAUAUUCUGUUAACUCGUGUCCAUCAGCUUGAUUUGAUACAGUGUGUUAUGAAAUUGCUUAAGACAUGCUUUCUCUCAAACCUUACUCUCAUGUCUCCUCUCUCCCACACUGCCUCCAUGUUUACCCUUCUAAUCUACCCUUAAUUCCCUCUUCCUUCCUCCCCUUUGUUUGUCUCCCCCUCAUCCUCCCUUUCACUCCCUAAAUCUGCUGCCAACAUUCCCUAUCCUAUCUCUCCCUCGCUCCCCACGGGCCUUUCUCUUUUUCCCCACUCCCUCAUGCCUCUUGCCCUAUUCUCCUUUUUAACUGUCCCUUACUCUCGUACCUCCUCCUAAUUUCCCUUUGUAUUUCAUGUUUUUUCUUAGUCUGUGAUCGUCAAGAGCGUUGAGAGGAAUGCAGUGAACAUGUACGAAGCCCGGAAGUUCCUCUUAGGUCUGGAGAGCAACGGUGUGUCCUCUUCCUCCUCACCCUCUGUGGCAUUGAAUCCCGCCACCAAUGGCCCGUCCCCGUCCCUCAUUUGCCCCGUCGGCCUGGACAUCCUGGCCUCAGCUGGACUGGGGCUGAGCAAUCUGGGUAAUGACACUUACUAGUUAGGAGAAUUUCUUAUGUUUUUUUUGUUUUUGUUCUUUUUCCACGAUUGGAUAGAAGAUAAAUCCACAAGGAAAGAUAAGACUUGACCUCUUCUUUCCCUUGCAUAACAUGUAUUAGAGAUAAAAUGUAUUUGUGCAGGAAUUAAUGUCCUCAUACAUCACUGUCAUCCACAUCUGGUGGCAGCCGCAGACUCAACACAGUCUCCCAGCAACUCAUCCACUGAAGAUUUAUCUAAGCCAGUUUUCCUCUCCGAGCCUGUUAUCACCUGCUUAGCCGAAUGACUGAGUGCGUGUAGUUUUUAAAAUCAAAAACAAAUAUCCUCCAAACAUGCACAUGAAUCACAACCAGUGAGUCACCCCACCAUCAUUUAUCUACGCGCUCUCCUUUGACAUUUUUUGUCUGCAGAGCUGGCUUUCCCCGUGAUGCUGAAGAAAUGAAUCCUGCUUGUACCAACCUUUGAUCAGCCAACAAUCAGAAAAUGAAUUCAGUAGGAAUUGGGUUGUGCUGCUUUGAUGUUUUGAGAACUUAUGAAUCAUAGUAUGAUUGAUGAUGAAAUUCACGUAGGAGUUUGCUUCUUGACGCGCUGACCUCUGCAUGGAGGCAUAAAGUUGAGACUGGAACAGAUGUCAGGGUGACGUAUGUGUUUGGACUUGUUUUGCAGAUUUAAUAUUUAGCACCCGUUAUCUGCUUUCUACUUUGAUGUGCUGCUGUAAAAUUAUGUUUAUUUAUCCUAAGACUUUGAGUAUAUGUUGGCAACAAAGGCAUGACAGACAUGAAAAACAUGGGAAAGUCGUGGAAUUUGAAAACAGCAAUUUCCUGACUGAGUGAAGUUUUGGGAAAAUAAAGUAGCACAAAGUUUUGGAAAGUUGCCGCACAAAUGACCGUGUAGCCAUCUACUGCUGUUUCAGGACUUAAAUAAAUGUUAAUCUUGCAUUAAACCACAAAGCUUGUCAUAAAUCUUACUCAGACAUUCUUUGGUGAAUUUAAUAUAACUUAUACUCCUGCUUUUCUGGUAUACACAGACAUUUUGGAGAAUGGACGACCAUGAAAAAUUGCCUCAAUGACAUUGAAACUUACUGGAAACAUGUACCCUUGCAAAGGAUCCGUUAGAAAUUAUCUGUAUAAUAAGUUUUGGUAUGUGUACAUUCUGUGUUUCCCAGGGAUCACAUGCUGAAAACUGUGAAAUCAUAGGAUUAAUCUAAAAUACUUUCCAUGCAUGCUUAAAAGCAGAGUAAUAUGGCAGUAGUUAUUUUCACUGCCAAAAAUGUGUUAUAGAGUUAUAGUGCAAAUAAGAUAUGGGAAAGUGAUACUGGGACAAACAAACAAACAAAGGAGCGCCUCUUUUUCUCAAACUUUCUGUUUUUGAUCUGGACGGCAAUGUUUUGAAUUUGUUUUUUCUCCUCACACAACUUUGAUUUUAUGUCCUUAUGUCUUUAGAAAGGGAAAUGAGGGGAAAUUAGAUUAAAAAAAUUGGUCACAUUAAAACAACAAUGUGCCAUGGCAUCCCAAUGGUAACGUGCUGGGUCCUGUAAACCCAGGGGCCCGGGGGGGUGAGGCUGUGGACGGCCACAUCCUGGCCUUUAGUAAUUGCUACAUGCCUCUCUUCCUCAGAUUACAGCCCAGUCUGCCAGAAGAAUCCCUGGCCUUAUUCCUGGAGCCAAACUAGCCCCUUGUUAAAGCCACAGACCUGCUUCUUUCUGUUUUCAUACACUGUGUUUGGGCUAAGACACCAGGCACCACAAUGUUGGUGCUCUUAAUAACAUGGUUUUAUUGGGUAUGAGGAGACACUAGAUACGUGCCUCUGCAUCCGUGACCUUGUUGAAAUUUAAAAAUUCUUCCUGUCAUUCGCUGUCUGCUUGAAGUCAGUUUGAUGGAAUUCCAGAGAAAUCGCUUGAUGACCAAGAUUAUUUUUUGAGGGCUACAGUGUAGCAUGUGAUUAGUGUGAAAAACGGCUCCAUCCUCUGACAGGACCACCGCUAAUCUCCCGUUUUCUCCCCUUUCCCCAUUCCUUCCUUUUCUUCUCAGGUUUCCUGGGUGCAACAGCGCCCCACUCCCUCACCAACUCUGCUGCCCCAAACGCCAUCCUCAACAGCUUAAACUCCUCCAUGAGCCCCCUGCAGACCCCCAGCCCCAGCACUCCCACACCCUCCCCCUCCCUGUGGCCCAGUUCACUUACCAGUACUCAAGGUAAGAACACUGCAAGUUUUGUGCAGGUAUUAGAUUAGAUUGAAUAGCACUUUAUUGAUCCUUUUGGGAAGGUCCCCUCAGGGAAAUCAGAAUGUGGCUCUUGAAGAAAAUGUUGACAGAUUUAAUUUCAGGAGCAGAAAUAUCCUCGCUCUGUGGAGAGUUAUAGAGUACACCGUAAAAGGGUGAGGGGUGUGUCGGUGAACUUUUACCUCUUUUUGCUUUGCUGUCCCAAAAAAUUUGAGCUUACUCUACUGACUGAGUGUAGUAUUUCUCAUAAAGCCUGAUUCUGACCGUGCUGAUCUAUGUGCAAGUGUUCAUUUUACUGCAAACUUCACUUUAAAUUAGUUAUUUGGUGUGUAAAAAGGGGGAUGUGAUGCCAUGGCAUUAAAAAAUAGCGACUUCUGCAGUAUUUCUCUACAGAUUGCCAAAGCAGUCAUGAAAUUGAAAACGAAAAAAUGACACAACUUAUUGCACCUUCUAUUACCUAGAGUGACCUUAAAAUCAACACAGUGUAUUCUGCUGUAGACUUUACUGAUCUGCAGGAACACUGUGGUUUCAGGUUUGAGACUGAAAUAGCCAGAUCACCUAUGGGCAUGCAUGUGUUUGCUCCAAAAUAACCACCGUCGAAAUAUGUCGGUAUUGAUCACAGGGGUAUUUUGGCUUCAUUUUUAACAAGUGGAGGAGACAGAGGCGUGUUUUCCAUGGUUUUAUACUUUCAGAACUUAUUGUGAGUCAUGGCACAGCAUACAUUCUGCGUUGCUGCAUUAAUUUAAUAGUCGUCCAACUAUCUGUGAAUAGUCUACAGUAGACGAGAGACCAAUGCUGAAGUGGUUAAGUUAUAAUUUAUUUGUUUAGCGUACAGUUCUGAAAGGUCCAAGUUGAAAUGGCUUAAAAAAUAGAUGAAUGGAUGGACGGAUGAACAGUCAAUGAUUCUAACAAAAAGCACUUUAACCUUACUGAUGCUGUGUUUAUUCUUCCUGCAUUGUGUUCUCAGGCUUCUCCUCUCAGCUCAUGCUGCACCCUGCAACCCAGGCGACCCUGAGCAGCAUACUGCUGUCUGGCGUUCAAGGUUACACACAGAGUACACCAUCCCCUCCUCCAGGCCUCGCUCCCAUCGACAAGCAGCCUAACGGAGUCCCUGACUGUGCAAAGGGCCCCUGCACUCUCAACGGGCAUGUUAAGGUUAGCACAUUUAUACACUCUAUUUGACUAUGCAUGACUUUGUCUUCUCUUUGAUACAUAUUUCUCAUUUGUGUGUUUGAAUGCAUGUAUAGCAUCCUGGCUCAGUCUACGGGAGGAUAGCAACAGCAUCACUUGCAGAAACUGUUUUGAGUCCAGCACCCUGCGACACGGUCCAGGAAGCCAGCGGGCACAACCCAUCAGAACCGCUGUCCAGCAAGUCCAGCCAGGAUGAAGGUAGUCCAAAGUAUUUUAUAAACAAACUUAUUAGCAUGACUUUGGCAAACUUAUAAGUAUUUUAUUAUAAUUUAUUUCAUUUAAUGUUAAAGAGUCAUUUAUUUCAGGGCAUUACCAGAAGGAAUGAUCAUGUCUGUGCAGUAUUUUUUAUAAUUUAGAAACACGGCUGUGAUAAACUACAAAAUGCAACUGAAGCUAUUGUCCAUGUUUGGAAGGUGCACAACCCAACAAAUCAUGAGAAAGUCUUUAGACUUAGUAAGGUGAAGAAUAAAGUACAAGCGCAUUGUAGAAGUCAAAAAGUGAGAGGACAGGACAAAGGACAGAGUGGAUAACUGUGAGAGAAAAAGACACAGAGAGAGGAUGACAUGUAGCAAAAAGCCGCAGGUUGGACUCAAACGCUGGGCCGCCUGCUAGGAGACUAUUAAUAGCAUCUGUGCAUGGAGCAUGCAAUGUCAACCACUGGGCCAAACCAGCGCUCAGAGAAGUAUUUUGAUUUAAAUAUAUGUUAAAAACAGAGGCUGGUAAAGACCAUUUCAUUAUUAAAUUGCUGAUGUUUCUCAUCAAAGUUAUUAAACGAAUUUGUGACUCAUAACUUUUCAUUGUGCACACAUGCUAUCAUCUGAAACAUCUGCCCAACCUUUGGCCCUAGUAGCUCAUCAUUGCAGUGUUUGAAAUGACUUCCAACCCUGGAUGAAUACCUCCUUUCUUAUCCGUUUCCUUGUUUGUCUUUAAAGAAAUUUAAGUGAAUGUUUCCAAUAAAAAAAUGUCCAGGAAAGAAGUUGUUUCUUCAGGAGGAAAAUUCCCCACUUAUUAUUCUAAUAUGUGAGGGAUGCACUUAAAAUCUUGUGAUUUAGUUGUUUUUCUAACCUCAAAUAGACAGUAUAUUUCUGCUUUUAACGUUAUUGACACUGCUGGACCUCCGCCUUACAGACCUAACAUAAACGUCCAAUUUAUGCCUUCCCACUCGAGAUUUACGCAGCCUGCUUAAAACCCACUUUGCCUUGAAAGUGCCUCGAAUGAACUUAUCCCUUUUUCUCUGUUCUGUCCUGCUAACCUCAUGCCGCCUCUGACUACUUUUAUUGUGCUGGAACGGAGACAGAUUAACUGCUGGUCUCCUAGUGGUUCAGAAAGGCCCUCAUUUCCUCUGUGCCUUACACUCGCGGUUUUCCCCUCCAACUCACACUCUCACGCGUCUCGUUUUUCCCCGCUGUUUUCUGAGCUGCGUCUACCCAAUGUGGUGCAUCUCAGUCAGGUUUCCUUUCCCUCCCUCACCUCCUCCUGUGUCACAGAAUGUGUUUGGACUGGCUCACCCACUCCAACUCAAGUCCUCGUUCUGGAUUGAAGGAGUGCAGGGAGAUUAUUCAAACAUUUAACCCCGGGGAACUGUACUAGAUUGACUGCCAUCAUGUAUUUUUUGCUUUAGAGUACACCAUUUAUAUGCAGAUAACCUUAAUUACACACAUGCAUACACUCACACACACCUCUUGUUACACAGCUCAGGUUCCUGUCAGGCUGAAAGAAAAGUAGCAGGGGAAAAGCACUAUAAUUACAGCUGCUGUGUUUUUAAUUAAUCCAGGAUCCAACUGAGACUUGUCACACUUAAAUGCAUGGACACGUGCAUAUGCUUUCCAAGCUGCACACUCCUUUACACUGAGUGACGCACACUGCUGAGAACAGGCUGUGCAUCUCUAAAACAGAAAAAAUGAGACAAAACAUGAUGUUUGGUUUUCACAGUUUUAUAUACAGACAGACAGACAGAUGGACAGAUGACUGCUAUAAACCCAAAGUGUGCUUACUGUCUUUAGGCUCUGACACUUUCGUGGAGGUGGGCAUGCCCAGAAGCCCCUCGCAUUCGGCCAACGGGAGCGAGCUGAAACAGAUGCUGGCUUCAUGCAAGACUUCAUCGGGGAAACGUCAGGCUGUGGAGCUCCUGCAGGGAACCAAGAACUCCCAUCUACAGUAUGUUUGAGUUCAGAGAUCAUUUACAGCUCCUCUUGUUACCGUUUAGCACAAAUACCGAGAUCAUUUACAGCUCCUGCUGUUACAGUGUGCAACUUUUACUUUCUCCAUGAGUUUAGGAACCAGCUGGUCUCUGCUAGAGCUGAAGAAAACCCAGAAAAAACAGAUUAUGAUUUUGAAAUCUGAAAGAAUUAAGUGAUAGCAAAAAGUUUGGAUGUUUUUGUCAUUAUACAGAGGUUAAAGGGAUAUUCCGGCGUAAAAUUAAUUUAAAGUCAAACACACUGUAACACCGAGUUAGACACCCCCUCAAGAGAUGCUCAGAACAGCACCUAACUUCAUCAACAGUACAUAUAGGGUCCCAGACAUAGCACUAGCCACCAAACAUCUUUUUAGCUUUGCCUAAUUUUUUAGCAAAGAGACUAAACACAACUCACCUACUCUCUUCCAGCAGCACUUGUUUGUAGUGAGACCAUGGGCUAGUCCAUUAUGGACUGCUGCGGAGUGACACAGCUCAAGGAAGAACAUUUAUGAUCGUUACUUCAUGGAAAUGCAAUCAGACCAAGAUGCGAAGGCAGAAGAACUACCAUGUCUGCAAAAUGAUUAAUAUGGUGAUUAUUACUUCAAGGAAAUGAUAAAGUAAUGGAAUAUCCGGAAUUUUAAGCCAUAUGGUCUGUCUUACGCACACUCACCCUGGCAUAGUUAUUAGAAUAAAAGUCAAACCUGAUGAUUCUGGAAACAUUAACAGUCAAGUAAGGAGAUGAUGAGAUGAUGGAAAAAUUAGAUAAAUGGUAAAAUAGCUUUGCCUCCUUUUUGGACCCCAUUUUUUUAAUCGCUUAUUAAAACCAUAUUUUUGUGUAUUCACAACAGCUCUGACUGCCUCCUCUCGGACGCUGAGUCCAGCUCGUCAGACAGCCCUGUGGCGGAUAAGAGAGCACCAGGGAGUGAGAGGGCGGCUGAGAGGGCGGCACAGCAGAACGAGAGGGAGAGAAUUAGACUGGCACCACAGACCUCCUUUGCCAACAUGCAGGUAAACACACACACACACACACACAAAUUCACAUGCACUCUUAAGAGGUUAAUUGGGUGAUAAAGGCAGAAAACUAUUUUCUCUCCUCUCAGGCAUUUGACUAUGAGCAGAAAAAGCUGUUGGCAACAAAAGGUGAGUUUAAACUCCUGUCUGUUAAAAAAAUGUGCUGGGAAUUACAAGUAUUCUGUGAGCUGUAAAGGUUAAAUAAGGUCUUUCAUGAUUCUGUAAUGACAUUUCAUUUUAAGUGCUAAUCAAAGAUACAAAAAUAUGGGUAAAAGGACAUUUCUAUUGACUUUAAAUCUGUAAACAAUGGGGAAGUGUCUGUAAGAUAUUGCAAAGAACAUAGAAAAAUGCCGUUUAUGAAGUAGAUAUAUCGAACAUGCAGUGUAAAACAUAGUAAACAGUAAACCUAUUAAAUACAGUUUACUUUUACUAUUGAAAAGUAGCAGACAAAGUACUUGAGUCACAGUAUAGACAGUCCUGAUCAGAUAUUACAUACUCAGCCAUGGAGAAGAGCGAUGUAUAGAUACAGAAAAACCACUUAGAUAGGCUACACACACACAUUUAACUGCUCGCUGUCAUUUAAAACUGUCUAAGAGGAACAGGAAGAGGAUUUUGUUUUGCUGUAUUUAGUCUGUUUUUAGGCGGUAUCUCUAUAAAGGUGUAUGUUUGCACCUGUUUUUACGCAGCUAUGUUGAAGAAGCCUGUUGUGACGGAGGUGCGGACCCCCACUAACACAUGGAGUGGUCUGGGCUUCUCAAAGUCCAUGCCAGCUGAGACCAUCAAAGAGCUGAGGAGAGCCAACCAUGUUUCAUACAAGCCCAGCAUGAGCACCACCUACGAGGUGAGAAAUAGAAAGCCUGUGUUCACUUUUCUCGUCAUCUGCAGCGUGGCUUAAUGAGCUUGCUGUCAGCAUUGGGUCUAAGAAAGAGUAUUUCUUUUUGUUUUUGUACCCUGUUGAGGUGCCCUUGUCACUCAGAGCACAGCAGGCGUCCAGAACUCUUUGUUGAAUAUUUGGUCAGUCUGUUUCUGUUUUCUUUUUCAGGGCUCCCCGCUGUCUUUGUCCCGAUCCAGCAGCAGGGAAGGUGUUGGGAACGGCAGUGACUCGGACAACUGGCGAGAGAGGAAUGGCACAGGUAACGGCCUGCCGAGUCACGCCGAGUUUCCCAACGCUGUCAGCAGUCCAAAAAGGAAACAGAACAAAUCUGGUCAGUUAAUUUCUGUUUGUUGUGUCUGAGCUACAAGGAGAAACCAGAUCUAAUCAUUCUUAAUCAUACUUUUAGAAGUUUACUACAAGUACCAGGAUUUGAAGAACUAAAGCUGAACACCUAAUCUGCUUCUUGUGGUCGCCUUGUGUAAAAAAGAAAUUACUUCUGUUUUCUGGCUAGAAUACGAGACUGAUUAAAACAGUGAUUUCACUUCAUGUGAAAAUAUUCUUGUCUAUUGACUUAACAUUUAAAAAAGCUCAGAUAACACAACUCAUGCUGCUCUUUGCUUACUUUAAAUUUCUAAUCACCGUGUGUGUGUGUGUGUGUGUUCUUGGCUUCUUCUUUAACAUGGACAGCUGCAGAGCAUUACCUCAGCAGCAGUAACUACAUGGACUGCAUCUCUUCUGUAACUGGCAGCAACGGCUGCAGCCUGAACUCGUCCCUGAAGGGCUCGGACCUGCCUGAACUGUUCAGCAAGCUUGGCCUGGGGAAGUACACAGACGUCUUCCAGCAACAAGAGGUUGUAAAAACUGUAGACCCAUUCCUUCUUUCAGUCUGACUCUCAUGCUGGUGACAAUUGUUCUUUUUGGCAGAGGUAUUAUCAGAGCUCUUGUGACAAAUUUAUCAACCACCAGAGAUACAGCCAUUGGGUUUUGCCCCACUAUUCAUGCCGAAUUCUUACUGUGAACAUUCCUUAAUAUUUCUCCUCGCACCAUGAAAAAUCCUUUACCUUUUCACUUAAGCACAUUAAAGUGAUAUUCCGGUGCAAAAUUAAUUUAAGGUCUAACACACCGUAAUACUGUGGUUAGACACCUCCUCGAAGAUGAAUGUUGCCAACCGCUUGCUUCUCUAUAGUUAUACCAACUUUAGUAACGACCGCACAAUAGCAAUACACAGCGGUCUGAGGAGCCAUCAACAAACCUCAAACAAAAAGCCACUCUAUAGCCACAAAUAAUGCUCAGAACAGCACCUAACUUUAUCAACAGAACAUAUAGGGUCCCAGCCAUAGUACUAGCCACCAAAACAUCUUUUUAGCUUUGCCUAAUUUUCUAUAGCAAAGAGACGUAACACAACUCACCUACUCUCUUCCAGCAGCCGCUUAUUAGUAGCAAGAUCUCAGGCCAGUGCAUUACGGACUGCUAUGGGGUGACGCAGCUCAAGGAAGAACAUUUAUGAUUACUUUAUCAUUUCCUUGAAGUAAUAAAUAAAUAAAUAAUCAAUAAAUAAAUAAAUAAAAAUAAUAAAUAAAAUAAAUAAAAAAUAAUUUUAAAUAAUAAUAAUAAAUGAUAAGUAUUAAAUAAAAAAUAAUUUUAAAUAAUAAUAAAUAAUAAUAAUAAUAAUAAUAAUAAUAAUAAUAAAAAGCCGAGGUGCUAAAACUGCAUUUCCCUGAGUGUGUCUACUUGAGACAGGCUCCAAAAGCUAUGAAGCCCCUUUAACACCUGUGCUAAAAUUCCACCUUUAACUGCAUGAAUAAUUAAGCUUACAGUCUGGUGCUAAAAAAAAUAACAUUUUAAUAUGAAUUCCAUGUUUCCCUAUUCCAACACACAGUAGGGGGGACACUUUUUAACCAACUCAAAAGAUAUUAUGGCUGCAUAAUUUUUUUGGCAUAGUAAGGCAUAGUCAAGGGCGUGACUGCCUUGAUUGACUGGUGGGGAGCUUGUACCUGUUAGCCAAGUCUUCCUCUGCCUCAUGCUGGGUGGACAGAAAAAUGGGUUGAGUCCACAUUUUCAACAUGAUUGAGUUUCAAAACUGAACUUAAGAAACCAACAGGUAACAUACUUGAAAGUAUGUCUUUGUUUCACACCGUCCAUGCCAAAUACCCAAAAACCUUGCAUGCAGAAUAAAAAUAAUAAUUACCAACCUGAUAUAUUGUCCCUGCAUAAAGGCUUGGUUGCUCUUUUAAUGUAGAUAUAAUGCUCAGAUAUUUAGCUCAGAGCAUCACCCUGAAACAAAACCCUAACCCUGUUGAUUAAAGGACCACUAAAUAAAGCAUGUUUUUUUGUUGUUGUUGUUGUUGUUUUCCAAGUAUUUUUGGGGCAAUUUUUGCCUUCAUGAUAAAGCCUCAAUUUUAAUAGAUUUGUUCCUUCUUCCAGAUUGAUCUCCAGACAUUCCUAACUCUAACAGACCAGGACCUGAAGGAACUGGGUAUCACCACCUUUGGAGCCCGCAGGAAAAUGCUGCUUGCCAUUUCAGGUACAGAUACAGCAGAAGGCGUUUGUCUCUAUCGUAAUUUAUUUUCACUUUCUCUGCCCUUGGUCUUAACCAACAAACGCCCAACAAACCCAAGAGUGAAAAAAUAAAUACAUCAACAUAUGUGAAGAGAAGUCUAUAAACAGCCACGGCUGUCUCUUGGUGGUCGGUGCAGAUAAUCACAGAUUGCAGCUGGGGCCUCAUUGUGCAGGCUCGCUCCUGCUGAAGGCACUUCACACAAACUGGCUCUUGUGUUCCAUUAUGGUUUCCAAUUUUGUCCGUCGCUGACAAACAAGCCUGAAUGGAGCCCAGCUGUGCUCAAGGAAAAACCAACUGACAGAGGUCAUAACCGGUGCCAACCACUGAGAAAGAUGGCGCUCUUUAUUAACAGACAUGCAGUAAAUCUGUAGACAGUAACUGAUUCAUCUCAUUAAAUACAAAAAUAAUGAUCCUUACUCGCAGAAUUAAAUGGGAUUUAGACGACGUUUUCUCUGAUGAGAGCGCUGGUUGCCUCUCUGAUGCUGAUGCAGACUUUCCUGUUGUUUCACUGGAUCUAAAGUGAAUGUUUUGGAUGUCACGCUUCAUUACUGGUGUCAUAUUUUGAGCGUUGUAAUAGUAGGAGUUGCCGGACUGCUGUAAGUUUUUCAUGCUCGUGUGAGGAUCCUGUGCUUCCUGCCAUGAGGAUUCUGUCAAAGUUCAGAAACCUCAGACCAGAGUCAGCGUUGGCAGCGAGAGCAGUAUGGGGAAACGUCCAGGCCAGCACUUUGAUUAUUAAGGAAGCAGAGGGAUCCGGAGCCAGAUUGGGUUUUUCUGCCUGAUUCCACAGCCAAGUACUGGUCAACUUUCAUCUCUGCUGAUGGACUCGAAGUCUCCAUAACAAGAACAUGCACGUUUUUGUCAGUCUCUUUGUCUGCGUGUUUUUUUGCCUCCUGCUCUGAAAAGAUAAAGAGCCAGUUAAGGCAGUCUUGGUUUUUAACUUCCUGCCAGUCUUCCAGUAAAAGAGCUGCUAGAGUGACUGCCUGUCUCCAGCAAUUAACCUGAAGGUUUAUGCUGGCAGCAUCAAAAUGUGGCCAUCAUAUGAAUAACGCAGAGAUGCCAGAGUCCACCUCUGACAUUUUUAUGAAAGCAUUUUGUUCAAACUGCUGUGUAAACCCAGAUGGACACAAAGGGGGCUUUGUUGAUUUGUGAAAUCCUGAAGUCAUUUGAAUCCAAUUUUCUUGUCAUUGUUGAUCAAUGGUGGCAAAAAAAGAAAUGUUAACAGACUGUGGUUGUGUUUAUUUUCGUACUUUCAGGGCACUCUGAUCAAUUUUCCACAUUAAAACCCAUUUUUGUAUCACCUCUGCUGCCACUGAUGUUUGCGGUCUGACUCUUUUACAGAACUAAACAAGAACCGUAGGAAGCUGUUUGAGCCACCCAUCAGGUCCUCCUUCCUGGAGGGGGGGGCGAGUGGCCGACUCUCCCGGCAGUUUCAUGCAGACAUGGCGAGCAUCAGCGGGCGGUGGUAGGCUGCUCUGUCCCAGGACCGUCCAUAAUGGAGACCAAACUUCUGUAUUUGUCUGUGCCUUAGACGCCCAGGAAUCAUUGAAAGUUUACCCUCUGUCAGCAUCAGCUGAAAAAGACUGUCACGAAUGUUGUUACUGCCAUAUAAAUAUAAAUAUAUAUAAAAACAAAAAAGCCAUAGUUUGACCCUAAGUGCCAACAGGAAACAAAAAACAGAUUUCUCAGAUACAGGAGGUUCGGUGUUCGCUCUGUAUACAGCCAUUGAGUUUAUGUGGAGCAUUUCUAUAUGAAGGUUUUUGUUCUGUUUUUGAAGAAGGGUACUGUCCAGUAUUUCUGUCCACGCUUGGUUCAAGGGAACAGGCAGAAUGAUUAGUACAAUCAUUUUAUACAUUGAUGCUACCUGCAUUUGUAUUAUGCUGUCGUAUCAGUGAUAUGCACUUUAAUAAUACUAGACUUUUGCCUGUGAAAGCCUAAUUCCUUAGAUUGAAUUAAUAAUAAUAAUAAUAACUAUGCAUUGUUUUAUUGACUAAAAGCACAGAUGCAUUUUGUACCAAACCAAAUGGAAGCACUUAACCAGUGAGAUUAGGGCGCCACCAAAUGAAGUUCAUGAAAGGUCAUUUACUUCAACAUUUAUACCAAAGGGAAGUAUCAAUGUGGCCUUUGACCUUUGGCUGCCUUACAGUGUUGUGAUUGGUGGACAUUCCUAUGAGGUCAGUGAUUGUGUCCAACCACAGUCCAAGUGUCCGUGUAUCUCUAGACAAAAAAAAAAAAAUCAAAUAUUUUGUACUCAUUAUGCAUUAUGAUUUUAUUUUUUGUUUUUUUUUAUUACCAUUUUAGGGGAAAGGGUGGGAUAUUAAACGGUAUUCAGUUUACAUAUGUAUUUUUUUAUACAUUCAUGAAUGAGUUUCUAUGAUUUUGUAAUUAGAUUAUUUGUAUCUUUUUUUUAAAUUUUCCUUUAUUUCCCCCUGCCCUUUAAUCUGUGGAGCGGUUAAAUGGCUGUGCCAUCAGACAGCAGCAGAGACAUGAGGCAGUUAGGCUGAGCUUUAUAGGUCUCUCUCUGAUUGUGUCAACAGGUAUCUUUCUGUGGUUUCCUUCUCUGUUCGUUUUUAGCACAUGCUCUUUUGUCUCAUCUGUUAUUUGUCAUGGUUGGCCUCCCUGUGGCCCCUUAUGUUCACCCAAUCUCACAGAGCACUCCUCCAUGUCUUCAGGAUUUGCUAUGCAAGAGCUGUGUGCCUUUGUGUCUACCGAUUUACUGGCUCUAACUUUGAAAACAAAAAAACAAAACAUUUCACAGUGCCUUUGUUGCAAAAAGUGCCAAUGUACAGUACAUAACUACUUUUCAGCAGGGAGAUUUUUCAUUAGGAACAUUAAUAUUAUCUGACCUUACUCUACAGAUAAGAGGUGCAUCAAACAAAGAGCCAAGGUGGUAUUAGUUGAGCAUUUCUGAGAGAGACAAAAAUAGGGAACCAAAAUCUUCUGAGGGACCGUUAGAUUCAAGAUGAAAACAAAAAGAAAUCUGAGUUUUCUCAUAUCAGUUGUGCAAUCAAAUAUCUAGAAAACCUGUUUGACCAGUGUUUAAUGAAGAAGAAUUGUGUAUGCAGGAGCAGUGUUUAUUGUUCUGAGCUCCUGUAUUAUGUUUGGUCAUGUGUUUUAAAAGGAAAACAUCCUUUUCCUGCAGUUCAUUAACUUUGGAUAACUCCAGUGUUAUUCUGUGAGAAUUUCUUUAGAUUUAUCCGAAGAUUAGGUCUACAAGCCAGGCCAUCAUCCAAGGUCCUGAGAAUUUUGUAUCAAAUGGAAUUAAAUGGCUCUUCAUGCUUAAUAUUCAGGAUAAAAAAUGUGAAUCACAUUCUCAGUACAGAAAGGAGAAAAUCUGAGACUGUCUUAUCUUGGUAUUAACUAGAGAACAGCGUGUCGAAACUUUGAGGUAUGUAGAGGGAAUUAUUAAUGUCCAGCACAUGAACAUUAAUCAUGACAUCUUAAACUGACUGAAGUAACAACAAUCCUCGCAGAAACUCUAAAGUAUUUAUCAUCUCUGUUUGAUUCACAGUGAUCUCCUUUUAAGGUGUCUUUUUGUUGAUCCUUUUUUUUUUUUUUCAACUAGUUUUCAGCCUUCCCUCACAUCUGAUUUGAGCCAUCGUCAAUGUGGUUGUCAAGUUAGUAACACUAGACUAAAUAAUUUUCUGACAUGGUUGCUAAUACCAACCAGGUAAUUUCCUUUUUAUCUCCUUUUCUUCAUAAAAGAGAGAUGAAAAAGGAGACAGCUGAUCUAAAAAGGGAAGAAAACCCGGGGCUGGUUCGCCCUCACUCAUCAUGGUACUACGUUAAAACUGUUGAGCACUAACUUGUAGUGCUGUGACUCGUGUUCCUGCCUAGCAGACAUUUGUUUUCAUCCUUCGCCUUGUUUCAGAAGUCAAAAGAGGUUCUUGUCUUAUCAAGUGAAUGUUGUUUGAAAAAGAAAAUUAAAGCAUGUUUUUUGCAGAUUUAUUACGGAUCAUUGAAGGGACUCAUACAGUCGGAAGGUUUACUACAAGCUUGUCUUUGCCCUUGAUAGAAUAGUUUCAGAAUUAUGUUUUUGUUUUGUUAUAUUCAUUGGUUUUGUUCCCAAAGGGAUUAUUUUAAAGGAGUCUUUGUACUGCAAUCAAUUGGUACAUUUAUAAUAAAUGUAAACCACUAAGGAAAUGAUGUAGUUCAUAACAUUUGUGCAACUUUUUCAUCUUAUUCAGCCAUUGUUUGAGUGUGGGAAAGGUACAGUUCUGCACAAAGUUCCACAGGGGGAUUUGUGUAUAAACAUUGCCAUGAGGCCAAAGCUCUGUUCAUUGUUGCAUCUGUUGAUACUAUUGUUAUUCUGACUGUAUUGUAGUGCAGAUAUAAACAGGACAUUUUGGAGAAAUUGUCAAGCAGGCAAAAAUGUUUGUUCAAACAUUAAAAUGGUAUUAUGAUGGUAAUAAAUGUAUGCAAACAAAGUCUUUUUGUGGUUCUGUUUUCAGCUUUCCAGGUUAAAAUCUCAAGACUGACACAGCAGCAGUUACUGUAAUUGCUCAACUACCUUCCUCGUAGUUUCUUGAAUGUCAGGGAGUGAUUUUCAUGUAGAACAGCUUAUUGUAAAUGUGUUCAAUGUGGCCUUGAGUUGGUAUGAUUCAGAUUUAGUUACCAGAGAAUAAGGCCACAGGAAAAGUCCGAAUUCAGAAACAGAUGAGACUCAGAAACCAGUUUUAAAUCACCAACUUUGAUCACUCAGUCUUUGUUUUAGUCUCUGACAGCUACACACCACAUUAUGCUCUGCGGGUCCAGACACAUGCCAUGUGUUUAUAGUGCCAUGCAUGCCAGCAUAAAGCCUAAUCUGCACAGCCAGGAUCUGCUUAAUCCAGCUGAAUGAAUCUGUUACUGGCGUGGAGAUAAUUCACAGUAUACUGUAACGGAGGAGAAAGUAAUUUAUUUUAAGCUCAUUCUCCAGCUAUAGCUUGUAAGUUUCUGCCCAUCUGUUCCAACCCUAAACGCCGCUGCACCAGGGAAAACAAAGAAAUCGUUUUUUCACCACUUUUUUUAAGCAUUAGUGUGGUCAUUAAACCCAUGUCAGAUCAAUUGAAGAGUUCAUGUGCUUUAGGUGAGGUCAUCACUGCAAGGCUGUAGCACAUUUCUUAAAAUGAAGCCAUGAAAAUGUCUCUCAUUUAAUUUGACCAGCUCAGCAAAGCAAAGACAACAACACAGACUGCGGCGAAGAAUAAAGAACAGCUUGGUUUCAUGCCUGUUCAGUUUUAUUGUUCAGCUGUCAUGCCCACUAUAAAAAGGAAAGAAAAGAAAAGAAAAGAAAAACAACACUGUAGUUAAAAAACUCUAGGGGGCAGUGUUGCCACUUUGAAUUACUCUUUUUGGUACACCAUAGACAAUGGACUGGUUACUCAGCAACUGACUGUGGGAUGGGAAUUGAAAACAACAAUACAGAAUUGAUUUAUUUGUGGUAUUUCGAAAUAUAUGCAAGUAAAAUUGCACUUAGGGGGGAUGGCACAAGUAUGCUCUCUAAAAUAGACCUAACCUUAAAGUUUAGAACAUCAGAUGACAGCUUUUUAAUGUGGGCACAUAAGAGGUGUGUAUAAUUGCCUGUGUGUGUGUAUGUUUGUGUGUGCCUGACUGCCCAUACAAACCCUUCCUCAGCCUUUAUUUUGCCCUAAGCCAGGGGAGUGAUUUAAUUUUCUGUGUAAUUAAUGAUUACAUUAACUGCUUCAAGCCCUUCCCACGUGCCUCUCUGUGCAUGGCAGUAAAUUAAUGUUCAGAUGGCCGACAGAGAGAAAGACACAGCCUUCAAAACAAACAGGUGGUGCCACUGGACCAUGCUGUGUGACUCACUCACUUUCUCCUUCUCUGUUAUUUUCCACAGGAGCAGGGUUAAGAGGUAAACACAACUGAAUGCCUUCAGGUUAACAUCAUAACACUGAAAUGGUUGUAAAUACUGGUAUGUAAUCAUGAGGAGCACAAGGGUAAUGUGUCAAGAAAGUGCUAGGGAAAACACAAGCAGAGCCAUGAUGUCUAUUUCAAAUCUAUUUCAAAUCAAGCUAAAAGAGCAUCGACAUGUUACCCUGUAAAGAUCCCAUAUGCAUCAAGCAUCCUAGUAUUCAAAGUCUCCCUUCCACUCACUUGAGGCUAUUAUAUCUGCCACACAGCUGGCAAUCAUUCUCAGUGCCCAGUGUGACUAAUUUCAAUUUCAUGUUCUUAUGUGAGAGAUGAGAGAGUGAAAGACGGCUAAAUUGCAGAGACAAGAACCGAAGCCUUUUUUAAACCACUAACCAACCAUGCAUUUAUUCUGAAUCUUGGCGGCCACCUCACUACAGCUUCACAUAUUGUUGUCAUGGGCAGCUUGCCUCUGCAGGAAAGGUGUAAAUGAGAGGAGCUGAGAGUCCCCCCUCCCCUUCCCAGCACACCUGGCUCUUAUCCAGCAGAACAUAUGCUUACAGUGUGUGAUGAGUCUGGCUCAUUGUGCCUGUCAAUCUGUUUCAUCUUCUGCGUUCAUCUUUUCUUAUGCAAAAAUCUUACAGCAACUGUUCUUAUUGUUUGGAAUCUGAAGCUCUCAAGUGCAUUUGGUAACAUCAUUUCAGAAGAUCAUUGUGCAGUCACAAAGAAAAAUGACAGUCACUGAUUUAUGGCAGUUCUUGGAAAAAUCGAAGAGCAGAAUACAUAAAAAAGCUUCAUUUUUUAGAGGUUGGCUUUUAAGAAUUGAAAGCAAAUAGGUCUCUUUUCUCAUGACUUUCAGAGUCAUUAAAAGAAGUAGAGGUGAAUAUUUCCUGUCUUUUAGAAUAAGAAAAUCCACCUUGAAAAAAACAUUUUUUUCAGCUUUUUAGGCUCAUUGGGAAGGAAAAUGCUGGUCUGGCAGCAAUGAUAAUGUGUUCACUGAGGAAUCCUUUUUUUCAUAGCUAUGUCCAUUCCUAAUAUAUUUGUCUUCUCCACUUCAAACACAACCAUCUGACUGAGGAUUCUUAACCUUUUCAACAUCAGCUAAUCCCAUUGUUUCACAGCUGUCAUCAUCCAAUCAACUUUUUGUUGUCCAGUCAUAAAGAUGAACAUGUUUGAGCUUCUGUCAGCUAUUAAGUCUGGGUUUUACUGUCGUGAUGAACUUUAAGAUUCUGCCAGAUAGUAUAGUAAUAUAGUACAAUAAAAAUAAAAAUAAAAAUGUAGUGGUAGAGUAUAUAAAAAGGCAUAGUAUAGUAUAGUUUGUAAAUAAAUUCCAUGGUAUAUCAUGAUAUAAAUGUCAUAGUAUACUAUGAAAAAAUAUCAAAUUUCACUUUUAUAAAUUUCAUUGUAAUAGUAUGGAAAAAGUGACAUAGUAUACUAUGAUAAAAAUUUAAAAUUUUGGAAUGAAAAAUGUCAUAGUUUCGUUUGAUAAAAAUACAAUGGUAUGGUAUGAUUAAAAAAUGUCUUUCUAUAUUGUAAAAAAAAAUUCAAAUUUUAGUAUGAAAAAACGUCAUCAUUGUAAGGAUAAAAAAUUCACAUUUUUUAAGUAAAAUUUUCAUCCGAAGGUAUGAUUAAAAAUUCAAAUUUAAGUGUGAAAACAAUAUCA